AGAGUGACGUCGGCUGUGUGGCAGUAUUUUUUCAUUUAAGUCCAAAAAAGACAUUGAGGCUGAGUGCAAAACUUGUCAUGCAUAAGUUUGUGCCAAUAUUGGAUCAAUAUCGGUAUCAGCCGAUACUGAAGGCUACAAUAUCGGUAUUGUAUCGGAAGUAAAAAAGUUGUACCGGGACACCCCUACCAAUAAGUGAUUUCUUGUGCCCAAUUAGGUCUUCUUCUCUGAAUCUGCAGGUAUACUAGCUUAAGUAGAUGUGAUAAAGAUAAGGUGAUAAGUGGUUUGUCUAUUUUAAAAUCUUAAAAUAAAAUCACAACAUUUCUUUCAUUUUUGAAAUAAUUGCAGCAUUACACAAAUCUAACAGAGUUUUUCUUAUUAUUCCAAAACUGCAAGUUGAUGUUAAAUAACAGAUGUAGCUUGGUACUGGAUCUGUUUUUAUAUUACAUAGCAGGUCAUUAUUAAUGGUUACCGCAGAAGUGUAGCAUUGAGAUGGCUUGAGGUUUCGAAAUAAAUGAAACUCCUCCUUAUCUGAACAAUUUCAGCUUACAAGACAAAAUAUUACAGAAGACUUCAAGAGUCAAGCUGAGUCACUUCUUUUCCAAACGCUGAGUCAAUGACUAUCCUUUUUUUCUACUGCACCAGUGAGUUUUCACUCGUUUCUAUAAUGAGUUCUUUGUUUUCUUCUCAGAAUUUUCCUUUCAGCAUAAAAUUCAGCAUUUGUUGUUCCAGUCACAAUAACUCACACUUGGUGUGGUUGAUGUAGUUGAAUAGUUUUAGAUAAGCAAGCAAAUGUGAUGAAAGAGGAGGGCACUGUAGGAGUUAAGAGGAAAGCUUGAUAAAUGUGGAGGCCAUAUCAUUUGUCUUUCAGUUUCUUUUUCCAAUUUUUUCUCAAGCUACUGUAUGUAGUCUUGAACUUUUAACAGUCUUAUAUCUUUGAGCGUUAGUUAAAGGCAUAUAAGUUGAUUUUUAAUGAAUGUAAAUUAUUUAUGACAUAAAAAGUAAAAUAAUAAUGUUGGUCUGAUUUUUGUCCUCUCUCUGUUUUGAUUUGUCUCAUGUAGACUUUAAAGUGGAAAACCAUGGACCGAACACAGAUCAGGACCAAUGGGAGCUGUUGCUCACUGACACACACUCAGCCUUGUAUGCUGUGACUGUGAACCGUACUAUCAAGGAAAUUCCUCAGUCCUCCAGGGUCACCUCCGUGGGUUCUCUAUCAGGCGGUUUGUACAGCUGCACAAGCUUCUGUUUCCACAACACACUCUGAAAACACACAGUGCACACUGUUCGGGAGCUGAAGUCAUCAUCUGCCACAGCUCAAGUCCUUUGACCACCAUGGCACACAGAAAGUGAGAGAGAAGAAGCUCGGGUCUGUUGUGUAGCAUGACUUGAAGUCGAUUCCUCUCGUUGCAUCAGUAAGUAUUUCUAACUGAAUUAAAAUACAUAAAUAACCGUGCUUGUAGGUUAUUAAUGGUUAAAGUAGUAAUGUUAUAAUGAAUGUCACCAUGAGUCAAAGCUGCUUUUAAAAGAAGUAGAAAUAUUUCAAAUAUCAUAAAGGGUGAUGGAAACAGGCUUCUUCUAAGGUGAAAUGAAUUCAGUAUUAUUAACAAUCAUCAAGACUAGCUGACUCACAAACAUCUCAAUGCUAUUAAAUUACAAAAUAUAUCGCUUUUGAAGUCAGCAAAUUGCAUUUCCUCUGCAAAUUUCAUUAUCCCCUUCCUGCUCUUUGGAGCCACUAAUGAAGAUAGACGAUGGCCUCUGAAACAUACGGAGUGAAGUUUUCAAGGGAAAUGUAUUUUUUACUAAUGAUGGGCUUUAGAGAAAUUGAGGACUUGAGAUAAAUUGUGACAUUCAUCGGGUUGUAAAUCUAUUCUGAUUAUUUGUGAUAAAAACACUCAUAUUUAUUUCUCAUGUGCAGGAAAACAAAAUAAGGCGAGAUGCUCCAGGGAGACGCGAUGGCUACUGAUGAAAAUCAGGCUGAGGUCAGUGCUGCUGUUCCUGAGCAAUGUGCAUCACCUCCAUCCUCUGGGAUCAAAUCAAACAGAGAGGCCAAGAAUGCAAAGGACAGCCAGGAGGUACGAAGAUACUCUGACCAAUCAUGGAGUUCCAAACAGCGGAGCAGCCCCUCUCUCCUCUUAUAUAGGAAGCUGUCAUAUGACAGUGGGAAGGACACGAUUUUGGAUGAGGAGUACAAGUUUUUGGAUUAUGGAUCAAAACUGUCAAAGAAAGCAGAGGAACUUAAUCCAGAGCAGCUGUCUGGCAAGAGAACUGAAGGAAUGACUAACACGGCUCCCACCAUACCUGGGAAAGGUUCAGAGGGAUCUAUGUGCCGACCUGACGUCUCCACAGAGGGUGUGGAUACAGACAGAAACAGGGCCGGGAGCGCCCACUGCUCCUGUAACAUGUCAAGCUUAAAGAGGAGUCCAAAUAUCUACUGUAACAACAACCUCAGAUCCAGCCUGAACUCAAACUCCAGCCCUGUCCACAGUCCCCAUCUCAGCCCAUCUCAAUCUAAGCGACGACACAUCCGCCGGAGUAGCAUGCCAGUGUCAAUGCUGACUUUGCAAAAGGUAUAACAGCAGGAUGCUGAAAGCCCUGGUUGGCUGCAACUUAAGUGUUUUGCUCUUUUAGAUUUCUCUCUCAUUCAGCUUUUUAUUUCUUUGCCCCUCUCUAGUUUUCUAGCACUGGUUUCUUCUUUUUUCUUUUUUUGUCACCUUGAACGAGCUGAUGUUAAAUUGACUUCUUUCUGUGAUUCAUUUGAUUCGAGUUGGUCUGCAUUUGUAGCAGUAGUCUGACAAUCAUGACAGCAAUCUGCUACUGAGAAAUACCUGAUGUGGGAAUGAACCGGUCAGGAUCAAGUAUUGAACACAACUGGGAAAUGAAUACAUAAAGCUGCUAAUGCUGUCUUCAUCACAGUGUAGGGCUGGGCGAUAUGGCCUCACGAUAUAUUGAGUAGUUCACCUCAAUAAACGAUAACGAACGAUAAUGAACGAUAACCACUCCACAAGCUGCUCAACCUCUUCCACAUUAACUUUGUCUACUUCAGCCACUGCUCCAGCCGCUACAACUUUUGAACCAUCUCCUCAUCUGUCACCCCUCUUUGUUAAGGACAAGAUCGGUGGAGUCACAUGUCUGACAUAGAAUAGCGUCUUAAAGGGACAUGAGACCAUAGCCUGCCUACACACAUCCAAAACCAACUUUGAUUUAUUUAUUUAUUUGACACCGAAUAUACUGAUAUCGGCAAAAUGAUGUCCGUCAUUGUCAUAAAUUUCCAUAUCAAUAAAUUUUCAGUUUAUCCCCUAGCCCUAUCACAGUGUUUAUAUUGUCUCAUUGGACUUCUAAUCUCUGUCUUCUCUUCUAGGCAUCCCCCUGCCAUUCUUCUCUGUGCAGUACAGUCAGUGAACCCAGCUCUUUGACAUCCUCCCCCUGUGGUUCCCCUCUGACCAGUCACCGCCAGCAUCACCUAAACGGACACACCAGACGCCACCACCUUCACGAUGGCUAUUUAAGUUUAGAGAGGCUUAACGGAAGGCCCAGAGUCAACAAAUGCUCUCUGGAGAAACUGUUUAGGCGACGAGCAUCUCUAGAGAACAUGACAGCCACUAUGGGGAAUGAUGGCAGGUUGUCCUCAGAGGGGUCCAGGACUGGCAGCGGGGGCAGCAGUGAGGACGAGGAUGGGGAUGGUCUUUUGGGUGACCCAGAGUUUGAUAGGAACCGCAUUGAACGUUCCACAGUCCUCGUGAGGCGUUUCUUCAAGAAUAAUCAGAAGGUUUGGCUUUUUUUCCUUUCUCCUUUUUUUUGUUCGACUAAAGAUAAAUUGUGCUUUGUAUCAUUAGAUAUGUUGAAAUACUUCCCUGUUUCAUUCUCAUAAGGUGACCAAGUCGGUGUGCACAGGAACCAGAGCGAUUGUCAGGGCGCUGCCAUCGGGAUGCAUCCCAGAGGAGGUCUGGGAAUUAGUUGUUCACCCCAUGAUGAUACAACCCAGCAAGACAAACUUAUGGCCCACCUUCACACGCAGAGUGAGAGAGGAGGUCAGAGUCUGCAGAGGGAUGCUGUGUUUUGUUGGCGAUAAACUACAACAGGUAAGAGAAUAGACACACAGACUUUUGGUUUGUGAUUCAUUUUGUGAGUUUCAGAAAUGUGCUGUAGGGAGUAGAUUCAGGGUAUUUCCACAGGGGCUUUGUCUUUCCUGCUUGGGCUAACUUUAUCAGUGUAUCUUAACAGGAUUUCACAGAAGUCUGCAGUUGUUAAUCUGCACAAUUAAAUGUUUCCCAUCAUCAUUUCAAGCCAAGGGUUAUUGAGGUUGCCUUUUCAUGAGUUUAGGAAAUUCCUUGUAGUGGGAACUUUUAAUCUCCAUGGUGUUUAUAGUCCUACAUCGCUGAUGCUUUGCCAUGAGCUGUAGGGUACUUAUUCUUUGAGGCAUAAAAAUGACGUGUAGUUUCCACUUAUGGUAAAGCCAUGGGUUUGUGUGUAGCUUUACCAUAUAGUAAUACCUCUUCUCUUUGCAACACCAGUGAAAUAUGCAGUACCAGUAACUGCAGUGGCGCAUAAGUGUUUCUGACUUGAUUGAUUCUUGUUUCAGUGGAGAAAUAUUGUUCCUGGCUGGUGCUUGCUUCUGUUUUGGUUGAAAUGUGAAGCUUAUUUUGCAUGAAAGAAGAAUAAUUUGUUCAAGGAAUAUGUUAAUAGACCAACACACAGUACAAAAAACACUUGGACACUGGCUCUUUGUUGAGAGUAGGCCCCUGCUGCGGAAAAAUGAUUUAUAUUCUGUGAGCUCUGCUCCCAAUAUUACUGACAGACCGAAUGACUGAGCCUUCUGUGAGAGUGUGUGCCUGCAUAUGUGUGUGUGUGUGCAUGUGUAAAUGGACUGAGCAGAGUUGGCAUCUGCGGUAAAGUUACAGCCAUGGGAACUGUAGAGAGUAAAGGAGCAGACUGAGAGAGAAAUUCAGAAAUCCAGUCAUUUGCUGUGCCUUUAUCAAAUAAGACAGAGAGAGAUUGUGGUUUUACAAACCUUGACUCAGGAGCUGCUCUAUACAAGCAACUGCAGCAGUCUCAGUUUGACCUUUUGAUUAAGGGCAUUUUUUUCCAUUAGUAAUCGGCUUUUGAGUCUGGGAGGGGUGAAAAUGAGAUGGAUCUGUGAAGGGUUUGGACUAACACCACCACCAUGCCAGGAUGCUGUCAAGUAGUUUUUUUGUUAAUUUAUCCCACCAUUUCCUGUUGAAACUCUGAACACACAAACACAGAGAACCAGGAAUCAAUGCAGACACAAUUAAUUCAGACGAGCAUCUCGCUGCACAUUUAUUUAAAUGUAAAUUUAAUAGCCAACUAUUUGAUCCAGACAACAUAGAUAAUGGAUUCAAGAUCAGAGCCACAUUGUGUUUUACUUUCUCCACAUCACAGAUUUUUUUAUUUUGAGUCAGGUCUACAGAGGAAUGAGGGAUGGCUUCUUUUAUAUUAGCGUGAUAAUAACGCCCUGAGUAUAAGACACACUUUUAUUAUCUUUAUUUUUGUCUUAAAUAUGGGCUGUGUCAUGAACACUGAUGCGACCCAUUAGGGCUGGGCGAUAAACCGAAAAUUUAUAGAUAUGGAAACUUACAACAAUAACCGACAUCACUUUGCGCAUAUCGGUAUUACACAUAAUAUAAAAUUAAAUAAUCAUAUAUACAUAUAUAUAUAUAUAUAUAUAUAUAUAUAUAUAUAUAUAUAUAUAUAUAUAUAUAUCAUAUAUAUAUAUACAUAUAUUAGGGCUGAUAUCUGAUCCUAUUAAACAAAUGAUUAUCAUGGACAAAAAAUCCCAAUAUGUGUGAAAAAUGGGAAAAAUUCAAUGUUGUCUAUAAAAAUAAAGGGUGGGGUGACAUGUUGCUUCAUAAACUUUGCUAAUAAACUAAACUAAUACUAGAUUUCCAGUUUUUCACAAUCUCCCUCUUUUUAAUGUUUGAUUUUCUUUUUGUAUUUUCCUGUUUCUCCUUCUUUGCUGUUAUCCUUCUGUCUGGUCUUUCUUUCCUUCUUGCUCUUUCAUUUUAAUAUUCUGUAUUUACAUAUUUUAAAACAUAGCUAUGCCUAACUUCAUCUUCCAUUUAAUGUCAUUGGUUUUUUAAACCCUGCUUAUUUGCCUUGGUUUGUUGUCUUUCAUGUAAGUGCUACUUUCUAAGGAUGUUCAAGGUUUUAUCUACAUCACCAGCCCUUUGACCGGACAUUCACCGUUUUUUGCAUAUAUUUGUAUUUUUUAUUUUAUUGCGUCUUGCAUAACCACAACAGAGCUAAGCCCUCUCUUGAAUUUGUCACAUACGGAGAACUAGCGUUGCGCACUCCUGUCAUAAAAACUCACACACUUGUAUCCAUGUGCAUACUGCUGCUGCAGUGCGGUUUCUGACCUUGCCAAAGGGUUUUUUAUGAGUCCUUUGUGGUUGUAGAAAAACGGGCAGAGUUAAGUCCAAGCAGAGACACUGAAAUAAUGAGCCUAUUGAAAAAAAUGUGGGGGUUGCUCGCACUUUCCUUGUCAAAACACCAUCUGAGCGGCUCCUGUGAGGGGUCACCAGAGAAAGUCAAAGAAACACUGAGCAGCGGUGAAUAAGUUGGGCUUAAGGAGUUGUCAUCAAGAUCAUGAAAAGCCGUAAAAAAGUAGGAACAAGUCCCACUGUGAAUAAAGGGGAGGCAUGGAGUAGAAACAUGCUGGCAAAAAGAAACACUCCUAUUUUAUGUAAAUUUCUGCUCUAUUAAAAACCCUAUUGCAUAUGGAAACAUAAAAAUCUAACAGUGCAGAGUAAAUUGUUGCAUUAUUGAUGCACAAUUGAUAGAUAUCCAGUCUGAAUGUAUGUUUGAAUCAGAUCAUGCAUAUGUACUUCCAUAAGUUCAGAACACUAGUUUCUCAAGAUGCAAAAACAUGAACAAAAUUGUUAAAAUUCUAAAAAAAAACCAUCUCCUUUCUAAACAAACACACUUUAAAACACACAGGGUCUCUAUAUGUGUGCGUGCAAGCCUGACUCUACAGUAAUCUUAUGGAGGGCUUUUCUGGAAGUAUCCUGUUGCCCUGCGUGUUUAUUGCUACAACUAAUGAAGCGAGCCAAAGAACACAGGAUUAUGUGAAGGAGGGACUGGAGCAGGGCAGCAAGAGGGAGAGAGACGGAGAAAGAGUAACACACUGGGAGAGAAAGAGGGAGAAAAAGAAGAAAAUCUCACAUGAUGGAAAAGUUAGAAAGAAGGCGGUGGAGGGGGAAUAAGGCACAGGAGAGAGAAAACACAAAGAAGUUGCAUUUCAUAUACAUUUUUAAAGGAGGCUGCAAUGGAAAAUGAACAUGAUGAGAAGAAGAAAGGACUUUGCAUUCUCUCAAGAGUUAUGCAGUAAAGUAGCAAAAGCUAUUAGAUGUUUUUAAUGAAAAAUGUGAAAAGAGAAGAUUAAGUGUAAAAAGGGGAGAGUAAGAGUUUGUUUUUAAUCUUUAAAUCAGUAUCCUUGUUUUGUUUUUUUUCUUGCGGGACUUUAUAUGACAGAUAUAUUGCUAAUUAGGCGAUAUUUCACCAGAAGUCACAAUGUUCAAACCAAAGGGAUCACAUUAAAUCACACAUUUCCCGCUCUACAUAGUGUCUGUUCACCUUAACAGUGAUGAGAAUUCCUCAAAAAGAAACCAAAAGCUAAAGCUGUAAAUAAAGUGUCAGUGUCUGUGACACUGACACUUUAGAAGCGCUGACAAUCCUACCUACAGUCUCUUUUUCAUCUGUUGUACCACUAACUGUCUGGGAAGUUCAACACACAAAACAAGGAAGUGUUUCAUUACUUUGUGCUUGCUUAACAGCGACAGGCUGACGCAUACACACACACACACACACACACACACAUACACACACCUGGCACUGGGAUCAAACAGUCUCUAAAGCCUGAAGCUUUUUAUUGUUUCACUUUGUGGGGACUUACAAUUACAGCCCUGCUGAGUCCUUUCAUUUAACCCAAAUUGAUGUCGGACUAAGUGGUAAGUGACCAUGCACUUCAUUACACACACACAAGUACACACACAUAGGCGAGCAGAAGCAUGCCAAUACACCAACACUUUUACACAUUUUAGACUGAGUGGGCGUUGGGCUGAUGGACGGAUGCUAGUGAAUAAGUUGUCUUCCCACAACCAGGGAUGCAAAAUAGUCUAGAGGGACGAGAAUACAUCCUUGUCUCCGGGGACGCUGUGUGCUUUCCAGUUUCCCUCAGUGUGUCUACUCGAAACUGGAAAGUGAUUUCUAAAUGUAUUCUUCUGAUAUGCUGCUUGGAAAUGUGCAGGCUUGACUAUUUAAACACGGAUAUUUUUGACAGCUGUUUAUCCUUUGACUUAGGCAGAGUCGCGUGCCUUUUGCCUUGGAUUAGGUGUGUUGAUCAGGAGAUUAAUUUCAUCAGAAAAUGACGUCAGCGCUUAUGAAUUAUAUUUGCUGAUAUCACAAAGUCAAACAUGCAGCAGAAGAGGUUCUUUUCAGUUCAUGGGCCUGUGAUGGAUAUAAGGUAUACAGUAUAUUAUGUUGGCCCAAUAACUGUCUUAACUGUACGCAAGACAUAUAAAUGAAAAUGGUUGAUAUAACAAAGGCAUGUUAAGCUCAUGUAUUUUUAUUCCAGUGUUCAAAGUUCACUCUAUUCCCGUCCAAUAAAUGAAUUUAUAAAUAGAUAACUGUGAAACAGGCUUCAAAAAGUUAAUAUCUAUUUGUGACCUGUGCUGCAAUAUGGAGGUGCCUGUUGGAGCUGUCUCCUCUUGGCUCUCAGCAAACAAGACAAUAAUAUUAAAAUCCAGUCAGGCACAUAUGGGACUUGUUGUUAAACUCAUCCCUGUUUGUGCUGUCGAAUGCAAUUUUCUAAUCUAGCUGUUUGCUAGGUCAACAUCAGUGCCUGUAAAAAGGGUCAUAUACCUUUAAGACCAGUUAUUCUGGAGCUCAGGUAAUAACUUUAGCAAACACAUCUUAACAGUGGCAGUUAGUUUCAGCUGGUGCUUUAAAGAUAAACUGACCAGCAAAGAUACGCUUCCAUGCUAUAUUUUGCCUUUGCAUUUUAUUGCUUCCCAGGUAUGUGCUGAUGUUAAUGGAGUGGCUUUUCAUUUCUUAGGUGAAUCAGAAAAUUUGUUUUAACUGUGUUUUUGGAGAAUGUAAAAAAAAUAAAAGUACCAUACACAAACUCUUUGUUUGCACAACUAGCUGCUUGCUGUGUCGUUAAAAACAAUGGAAAAACAACUUUGAGCCAAAAGUGUAAAAAAAACAGAAGACAGAUGAAGAUGAAGCCAGGGUGUAAAUACUGGCAGUGCAUGGCAUGUACUUUUUUGCCAAGUGAAUUGUGAAUUGUUGGGCAACAGUGCAACACACCAUCCUAGUUUUUGACACACACUUGUAAUCAGCAAAGCAUGUGAAUGAACAUCAUGACUCUUUUUUUAUUUAUUUAUCCAAGUGUCAACUUUAUAAAUCAACUUUGAGUUGCGUCACUGAAAUUGUACAUGAUGUGCCAGUGUACCUUUUUAAGUAUUCGCACACCAGGAUGUCAUGUGAGGCUCUUUGGCUGUCUUAUGAUUAUCUGAUAAAACAUAUAUAAAUCAAACUGGUAACAUCCUGGAAAGCUUUGACUUAAAAUGUUUCUAUGAUUAAAACGUUUAAUACGUUUCUAUUAUUUAAAAACAGGUUAGAGUUCUUAAUGAUGUCAAUUGACAUUUUUACCAUAAGGACUUAGUGCUUGGGUUUUAUGUCAGUCAAGAGAUAUAUUCAGACUACUGCUUUUAACUUGGACUGUAUUCAAGUGUGCCUUUCUAAAUAUCUAAUAACUUGUGUCCCCUAUUCAGACACAGCUGAAAAACAAACAUGAACUUAAAAUGUAAACAAGAUAAAUAUGAAAAUGACUUAAUGCCUUUUUUCAAGAAAGGAAGAAUAAAUGAUUAAAACGUGUUUAACAAGAGACUUAAAGGAUUAAAAAUUUGGUUUUAAUUUUAAUUCAGAAUCUGAAAAAUGACUGAUGAACCCCAUCCUUGUACACACUUAGGAAGCCACACACACACACAGACCCCCCUUUACAUAAACAGUCACUCUCCAUGUAUGUCACACUCAUUUAACCUUCUGUCUAUCACUCUAAUGUUCUCGCUGUGAGUUUUGCCACUACAAAGGAAUGUGCCGAGCAGGCCACUCUACUAACCCAGCUGGGUGUUGUGGCUUAGCCUGAGAUUAGUCUGCGUGUUUGUGUGUGUUUGUGUGUGCUGAACACAUUCUUGUUUUGUCAGAUGUCUACUUACUCAGAACACUGGAAGGACAGUAGAUAUCAAGCAUGCCUUUCGAAGGAGUUCUGUUUUCUCAAUGACAGUAUCUUGAACAAUGUGACCUCCCUGCAGAUGGUGUAUUUUGGAGACUUUGUUCACAGCUCCAUCCCUGCCUAUAAACCCGUCACACAGGAGCACAUGUGACCUCUGCGUUGUUUUGUGUUCAAGCAAACAUUCCAUGUGUUUGUCUUCGUGGGGUGACACAAGGGUGUCAAAACUGCAUGUGGGUGAGUUUCCACCUCAUGGGGUUGAAAUGUGUGUGUGUUUUUGUGGGUUGGCUUAGGCCUCUCACAUCCCUGUGAUGUUGUGGGAAAAUUGUGCUCAUCCUAAAACUCAAAAAAUGUCCCUACGGGGACCCAGAGCUGAGGUUGUUGAACUAUGGGUCACAUAAACACGACACAAAAACACAAAAAACAAACAGUGGAGAAAUCUGACCCCUGAGGUAAAUGCAGUUGGCAGAACCACACACUCCACUCCUGCUAAAAAUGUGAUAAUAUGUGGAAAUUAAUCUGUAUUUACAGAUUCUAUGCAAAAAAAGAGAUUUGUACCGAAGGGAAUGGGGCAGAUAUUAAGGGGCAGGAAUUCAGCCCUAUAUUUGGCACUUGUCUGAUUAUCUACAGCAGCCUUUUAUUUGUGAACAGUCUUAUUGCGAUACGAUACUAUACAAUAUGAUACGAUACGAUACGAUAUGAUACAAUGCAAUACGAAACACUUUAUUAUCCCCAUUGGGAAAUUUUAAGUGUAUCUUAUCACAUUGCAUCACAGCUACAAAUAAAAGCAGCACAUGGAAAAGCAAGUCUUAGCUGGAAGUUGUUUCUCACUGUCCCUUGGUUGCACUAUAAAAGUUGUCCAUCGUCCCAUGAGGCUGAUGACUUCUGUUAUAGUGCAGGCUUCAAUCCAGAUGCAGGACAUGAACUAUAGUGAACUUUCCUGGUUAUGGAACACAUACAGUAUAAGAAAUGAAACCAAGCACACAGACUCGAACUUUGUCAUAAUGAUUGACUUAGUCUUUAAACCUCUGCUCUCUUCACUUCUCCCAGUUUCAUUGACCCUAUGUGAUAAUGCAUCUCUGCUCACAGCACCAUGGUUGAACUCCCGCAUCAUGCAUCACAUUUUUCAUGCACACUUCAAGACAAGUAAAAAUGCAUCAUGUAAAAUGUAACACACAGUAACACACUGAUUUAGUACAUAAAAAAAAAGAACAUUUCACGGAUAUUAUGCAACAGUUCUCCUAAAAUCGGAUUAGAUGAGAGCACGCACCAGCCCUGGGUCAUGCUAUAAUUGUUGCAUUCGAAGAAUAACACAAUUGAUGUAAAAAUAGCUCUGCGCCUACCCUUCCUAACACUUCGACUUCAUAUUUUAGGAGGUCAGAUGGAGGGGAUGCAGCCAAAAUUAAACCCUCAAGCACACAGGAUGCAGUGCAGUGUAAGACCCAAGUAGACAGUCAGGCAAUGUUCAAAUGCAUUGCAAAAAGCAGCGCGAAAGUUUCUGAUGAUUUGAUUAUGGAAGUCAUCUUUAGUCAAGAAAACUCACCUUGUUGGGCUCAUUUGACAAACAUGCAUCAAGAUGGCAUUAUAGAUAUGAAGUCAUUUGACCCAUGACUGUGGAUAAGAGCUGGUGCAAUGUUAGUCAGCCUUUGGUGCCAUCUAGUGGGGAUGAUAUUUUUAUGCUCAAAACAAAGUCAGAUUUUAGAAUACCUCUAGUUUGUGAGUCAUGAUUGUUGUUUUAUUAAGAAACUGGAUAGUGUGUUCAGCAUACAAGCUGUUCUUCUUGCUGCUUUUUAAUCUUCAUGCUUGUUAUCUGUCUGCAUAUUUCAGAGGCAUUUCACCAGAUUUGCAUGUGUUUGACUAGUCAUCCUUGUUAUUUGUGUGUUGCACAAAGAUGGUUAGUUACCAGUUGCCUGUAAUUUUUAUUUAGGGGUUCCUAAUUUUCUUUUUUUUUUUUUCUCUUAAAAAAAAAAAAAAAAAAAAAAGCAUUGCUUAUUGCGAUAUCCACCAGAGGGCGCCACACUUUUUGAAAUGAAUCGUAUAUCUGUUAUUGUCCUGCAGCUUUGUUGUUACAGAUAGACUCUGUGGUAGAAAAUACACUCUGCUCGGUGAAAACCACUCUAGGGUUAAUAGAGAAAUGUUGAGAGUGGGCAUUGAACAAGACUUCACCACAUCAUGCAGUGUCUUUGUCCUAAUUAGUAUCGAUUGUGGGACUCUGAGCUCUUUAGAUGCAAUUAAUGUAAUAAAUGCAGAAUAGGACAUGACUGUGACCCCUGGUCGCUGGCUCAGGAGGCCUCUCUCAUUAUCCGGGUAUUGAUCAAAGUAUUGCAAAGCAAAGACUGAGCGUGGGCCAGCUGUUCCUUUGUUCUGGAAACUGCUUUGAUGUUAACCGUGCAUGAGCAGAUUAUUUUUCCUCCUCUUGAUUAAGCGGAUUCAAUAGAGCAUACUGCAUUCAUUUAGGCGUGUGGCUGUUGUGAUUAAAUGCUUUUAUGUGUUUGGUAAUGUUGCAAUUACUGAUUAGAGAAGACAUUACCGUGGCGUUGAACAUUUAAAUGGAAAAGUUUGUAAAAGUCUACAGUUUCUCACCAUGAAGAUGUGUUAGGAGAUCACCAUGUCAGUUUUAUGAAGUUUUUGACCAUUAUUAUUGUAAUUGGUAUUCAUAAUUGGCCCAUUAUCCAUCGACUGCAUGGUUUGUUAUCAGAAAAAGGUAAAAUGUGUGUUUUAAAUGAAAAUAUUAAGUCCGUUUUUCAGCAAGUGCUUGAAGCUUCACUGAGGAAAGUUGCUUCAACAGAGAAACUGCAACAGUGGCCUUUAAUUAGAGGUUGGCAUAGAAACAGCAGCCAGAGCAAAGCUAAUAACAAGAAUCAAGUGGUCACACCUUGGUCUCUAUUGGUUUAACGUCCUGCUGCUUCACCUGCCUGCAUGAAGAGCGGAGCUGGAACACAGUUGUUGUUAUUAUAUUAUGACACCUUAAAGGUGAUUUAGAUUAAAUUAGACUUCAUCAGACCCAGGAAAGAGCAACAGGGAGAGACCCUUUUUCAUUUUGUUUGAAUCUUGGAUUUUAGGCAACAAUUGAUAUAAAGUACAUUUUGAAAACAUGAUAUGUGAAUCAGAGGAUGUUGUGAUUGAAAGAUACUUUUAAAAGUCUAAUGACUUCAGAGCUGAUGUUGGCAAUUUUUCAUCAUGUAAGUCUUAAGACGAUUAUCUCCUAGUUAUCUCUGUUUUGGCCCAUAUAUAUCUGACAUCAUUCUGUAGGUAUGCUUCAGAACAGUUUGGUGUUCAAAGCCCCUGUGAGGAGUUUUUAGCAGGUGACUAAAGAGAAUAAAAUUAAUAUAGAUUUCUAAAUACAACCCCCAAAACUGAUUACUUUGAUAUGGUCAUUUCAGUGCCUGUAAUCAUUACCAUAAACAAGGUUGUCCCAAGAACAGCCUGUAUUUUCAUGGCUAAUGAGAGAUAGAUGUAAAAAGAAAACAGCAGGACAUCUCUCUUCAGAAAACACUUCUUGUGAUUAUGCUGGAGAAGAUUGCCUGAGUAGUCAGGGUUUUUUUUAUUCUAUAGGGGGCACCAAAAUAGAUGCAAACGGGAAGUUCUCAAGGCAACUUUAAAAAUCACAAUUUCGACAAACAUUUAUAAACAAAAGCAACAUUUUUUUUAAAAAUAUUGACACCGUAUCCUGUAAUUUAAGAUGCUUAUAGCUGUUAUUGGAAUUGUAUCAAAGUUGAGAAUCUCAGAUCUGGUGAUUAUAGUCUGAUGAAACAAAACCACCUCAAAGUCUACUACUUUGCUUUUUCCUGUGCUUUCAGUCAUGCCACAAAAUCUUUGUUUGGGUGUAGUUUUCAACCAUCACAGAAACUUGAGGAGAAACUACUUCAUUAUAUAUCAUUUGCCCCAUGGCUUAACUCCAUAUCCAUGUGGAUAACAAUUUGAUUUUCUUCCAAAGCAUUCUGUAGCAGGUGACUACACUGUUUAAUGAAGCCAGUUGGUAAAAGGGUUUGUACUAUUUCCUUAAUUAAAAAAAGAUGCACAAGUGAUCUGGUACUAAAUAAAAAGACGUUUUUUUUAAAUAGCCUUCUUUACUUUAAGUCACAACCAGAAUGAAGAUAAGAUAAGACAGGAAAUUCCAAAUGAUUCAUAAUGAAUUGUCUUUAGUUGGAAUUUCAUUUUUUUUUGCAUUAUGUUAGACUGCUGUUGGUUUAAGCAAGGGCGUCUUUGUCAGUUGAUUUACAGGUUCUGAAUCUGAACGCGUGUCUUUUUUGAGUUGUGUUGGACAUUGUUUAGACAGGUUUCCAGAGGAGGAUCGAUUGAAAUCUUGUGUACUAGUGCCUCCUCAGUCUUUGUGUGUUUAAAGUGCGCUCACUAGCUGAUCAUAUCUCACUUCUUGCUGCUGGGUUGUUAUGGGCUGGUUGCCUUUUAACCUAAUAUGGGGGUACCAUCUGAUUCUGUCUUCUCCCCUACUCUCCUCUCUCUCUCUCUCUUCUCCUUGUUGCAGGCUUGCUCUAAUGAUGCAUCUCUCUCUCUCUUUUCUCUCUCUCUCUCUCUCUCUCACUCACUCUCUCUCACACACUUUCUCUCUCGCUCUCUCUCUCUCCUGCUUUCUCUCACCCAAGCCUUCUCACUCAUUUUUGUAAGUGUACACAGACUAAGAGGGAUUGGACCUUGUUUUUUUUUUCCUCCCCUUCUCUCCAAUAAAUCUGCUUUUUCUGCGCUGCAGUAAGUAAACUGUUUACUACAAAUUCUUGCUGUACUUCAGAGGAAGAUUUCAAGCAUCUUUUCAUUCAUUGUGGUAUGUGGCUAGAAGGAACUACACUUGAGGACUUACAUUUUAGCCCGGUGAGUCUUACAAAGCUGAAUGUCUUUUACACAGUAAAGAUGAGGAGAAGUAGCUGGAUGGAGAUAAAAGUUCAGGAGUGGUAGCAGUGGUAGCAGCAUGAGUAAAGCUUAUGACAUAUUAGCGUAUAAGAUGGAUAAGAAAUCAUACCAUCUCGUGUCCUAAAUCAGCUCAAAAUGUAAAGCACAAAAUGAAACCAAUCCUGCCAAAGCUACUUUUAAAUCCGUCUGACUAUAUUUCUCUCCAUUUCUCUUAAGAGACAAACAACAAAAGAAAAAGAAAAACUUCAUCAAGCUUAUCUCCGACUGUCUCACCAGGGCUGUUAUGUGUGCUGUUGUGUAGGAGAGUGUACUGUAACAGCUCGCUGUAGUAUGACAUCAUGAGAACUGUAAGUGGGGGGCGUAGAGGGGUCCCACUGGGUGCUCUGGGUAAUGGGUUCCAGGUUGUUUUGGCCCUCGAGAUGACCCCUGUUUUUUUGUCUGUGGAACUUUUCAUCUCUGUUACACUUCUCUUGCUGUCUGCCUGUGUCCUGAUUCAGUGUUUUCAUAAGACAGAGCUUGAAGUAAAUAUGAAACCAGUAGACAGACAAACCAGUCCAUGUCUAAACCCUCUUUGCAAAUAAAGUCAAAAUAAAUAGUUAUUUCUGCAAAGAAAAUACGGAGGCACAUGCUUUAUUUUCCACUCAAGGUUUCAGGAAGUUAACCCAGAUUCACUUAUCCAGAUCCCCCCUGGAAAUUAUAAUUCAGUGAAUUUGAGCAAGCUCAACCAGUCCUUUCACCUUUUCUUAAUCUUGUAAUUUUGACCAUUUUUUGCUACUUUUCUGCACAUUUCCUUCUUUUUUUAAAAUUAUAUGCUGGUCUUUUUCUGCCUUUGGUCAAUUGAUUUUUGAUUGAUAGGACAGCUUAGAGCGAGAGAACAAGAGUCAGGAAAGGGUGACAUCCAACUGCACCACAUACUGUCAGGUUUAGGGGGACAAGGACUUGAGUGUCUGUACACUGAAGCUCCUGCUCUACCAACCGUCUCGUUAUUUAUCCUUUUUAACCACUUCCUGGUGCCUUGUGUUGAGAAAAAAAAAAAAAGAAAAAAAAAGAAAACUGGCCAAUCAGGGGCUCUGUCCCAAAUAUUUCACCAAUAAAAGGCUCUGUUAUAAAUACGUGUAAGUGAUUGUACAAUGAGAUACUGAAAAUAAAUAUUAAACUUAUAACAGAGGUUGGAUGGUAGAUAGAAAGGUACAAACUUUAAGAACUUUGUAUCGCUAAGCAAUUAACUUUAGUUUCAUUCAAUCUUUAAACGUUUUAUGUGAAAUUUUGACAAAAAGCAGAUUAAAAAUGAUUUGCUUCAGUACAGUGUUUGUCUUAGUUUCUUAGGGUAGCCUCAAAAUGCCAUAACAGGCAUAUAAGGCUGCAAAAAUCCCUUUAAAAGCAUGCAAAAUCCUGAAGGGACUGCUUACCAAAUAAAUCUGUUUUAUUGCCAUCAUCCUCUGAUUUGUUUUGGUGCAGCUUUUGAGUAUGUUCUCAUGAGUAGUUACAAAAGAUAUGAAUACUAGGUCAAUAUAAAAUAAAGACUGAUGCAGUUAUACUGUACCUUUUGAUUUAUGAAGUCAAGUUUUCAAGAGCACCAUGAAGGACACAGUGUCUUUUCUGCUAAAUUAGAGGGAUCUUUAUAUUAAUACUAAGCACAACUUGUCGUAGCCUUUCUCCUCUGUAAUCACUCUGUGAAAUUGGAUCAGUGAGCCCUUUCCUGUAGACAAGUCUUCUCUGCUGCACUUUCUAUUUCUCUGUUCUUUGCAGUUCUUUUCUCUUAAAUGGUCAGCAUAAAAACCUGCACAUUUCUUCUUCAUCUUUGUUGUUUUGCUGCCUAACUUUUCUGUCUUUCUUCCUCUUUUACAUUGUUGAAUAUUUAAACCAGACUCAGUAGAUUGAAUGUUUUCUACUGCUGUCCAAUUCAAUAUUAGACAUGCGCACAAGAGGUUCACACAGCAAUGCCUUAAGCUUGUUAAAGGUGUGAGGCAGGGUGCUGGAGCUGGGCCAAGCUCUUGGAUCUUUGGUGAAACAGCUCCUUGUGAAAUUCAACAGUAGAUUAUGAUUCAAGUCACCCUUGGCCUCGCUCUCCGUUUCCUCUGUUGUACUCCCCUGAGUUUUUCUCUGUUUACCUCCUUUUUUUGUUUUCCUGCUCCACUGCUUUCAUUUUUGAUGGCUUUUCUCGUCCUUCCUCUUAUGUUUUAUUCCCCUUUCCUUUUCCCCAUAUUUCUGUCGAAUUUCCUAUCCUGUUUUAAACCCUCUUCAAACCUUGUUGAUGUCCAUUUUUUCCAUUCUUCCUCCUCAGCAUCAUUUUUGGAUCUUAAGAUUUCCUUUCACAAGAAAAACUAGAGCUGGUUUGUACGGAUUGUUCCAGACAGGGCACCAUAUUGAUAACACAGUUUUUAACACUGAAAAUGAACAUAAUGCUGAAUUUAACUCUACAGGGCAAACAUUUCAUAAUUGGCUGAAUCGAAUCAUGCACUGUCACCAGACCACACCUCAUAUUUUUUUUCUUACUGUGAUCAAGAGAGAAGAAUUCUUCUGAGAGCUGUUUGGCUCAUCUUAACUUUGUUGAGUCAUAUUUCAUGUUAAAUACUGUUCCAUGUUUUUAAUUUAGGUCAUUUUUUAGGCAGUGACUUGAGAAAAUGUUGCCCCAUUUAAAAAAAAUAAAAGGUCUCCAAAAGACUUCAAACUUUUGACACUCACAUGAUAUAUAACCUACUGUGUCACACGAUCCCAGAAAUGUCAGCAUCAUAAUCCUCUAAGGCCUGAUACAAGUCGUGAGUCACACAAGAGGGCUUUUUCCUAGCUUAUUUCUCAGCUAUGUUUUGUGCAAUGACGGAAUUCUGCUAAAAGUAAAGAGAUUGAACAUGCUUGAAGAAGCUGAGAGAGAGAGAUAAAAAAAAAGAAAAUAAGAAAAGGAUGUUCAGACAUCAUGUUGUGACUUUUUCUUUUACAUUUAGAUGUCCAGGAAUAUUUCCAUUCUUGUUUUUCGGCACAGUUCUUGUGCACAUCAGUACGUUUGAUCCACUGUCAAUACCUACUGUCUACCAGAUCUGAGGUUGACAAUUUAGAUCCCUCAUGAAGACAAAACUGAGACCAUGAGACUUAGGGGUGUCAGGAUACAACUUUUUUUUUAACCUACAAAACAAUAUAUUGUAGCCUUUAGUAUCGGCCAAUACUGAUAUUGAUCCGUUAUUGCACAAACUUGUGCAUGAUAAGUUUUGCACUCAGCUGCAACAUCUUUUCGGAUUUGAACGAAAAAUACUGCCACACGUCGGUUGGGGAGGAAUACAAAGAGAUAGAGAGAGAGAGAGAGAGAGAGAGAGAGAGAGAGAGGUGGAGAGAGGGCAGGGGGAGAGAGAGAGAACAAGAUAGAGGGAAGGAGAGAGAGCGAGAGAGGGACAGAGGACAGCAGCAACAUUAAAACAACAGCAACAACAACAACAACUCAUGUAAUGGUGAAACAAAAUGAAUUCAGUUUACAGGGUUAGGAUAUGAGUAAUUAUGAACUAUGUUAAAUCAAUUUAAUGUGAUUAUAGUCAGCAGGCCUAAUAGUAGUCAGCUUUAGUUUUAUGUUAUUAAUGUGAGUGAGGCUGAUGUUCAUGUCUGCAGUAACAGUCCAGAGGAACCCAAGAGAAGAAGGAGCUCAGGGCCUGAGGCGGACAAUCAUAGACGAUGCGGCUGAAGUCAAGCAGGUCUGCAGCAGCCAUCAGUCCAGAGCAACCUAGGAGACUGAAGGGCUCAGAGACAUACAGAGAGAUCUGGUUAGCAAUUUGAUGGGAGAAUAUGACUUCAAUGUACAGGAUAAUGAAAUAACUAAUUGUUAUGGACUAUGUUAAAUUAAUUUAAGGUUAUUGAAGUUAAAACUCAAUGGCAGUUUACUCUAGUUUUAUUUUAUUGAUGUCAGUUAGGCUGAUGUACGUGUCAUCACUUCUACAUCACUUCUACUCCUUGGUACUUUGUUAGUACCUUAGUACACAAUGUUACUGUGAUUAUGUGGGUUGUGCAUGCUGGAUUCAGGUGCUGCUAGAUAGAGGUGCCAGAGUGGAGUCUGAAAUGGACUGCUUGUAUCUGAGUGCUGAUAUCAGAGAUUUUGGAUGCAGGCUGAUAUAAUCUGAUAUUUGUUAUUUUUUUGCUGCUAUCGGACUGAAAUCCGAUAUAAAUAUUAUAUCGGGAUACCCCUAAUCAGACUCGUAACUGAGACAAUGCACAGAAAAUCACUUACUAAAUAUCAGUAAUAUACAGAUCAAAGUAGUGUUUUUCUAGGGUUUAGAGUUAUCACACCGGAAUUUUAUACAUAACUGUGAUAUAAAGAAUGAAAUCCUAUUGAUACAGCAAAGAGACACUUCAGGUUUGAGAACUUUGACUUUAGCAGGAAACAAAAUUCAGCAUCUUCCUACACAUUUGUAUGGACAUCUGUGUUUAUAAAUGUUGUAAAAUGAUCAGAAAAUAACUUCCUUACCCAUUUUACUGGCUUGUUCUCUCUUUUAAGUGUAGCUCCUUCUUUUUCAUUCCUUUGGUGCACUAAAAAAUAUCAAAGUAUCAGACAUUUGGAAGCCUCAGUAGGGUUUGCAUUUAUCCAGAAGGUGCUCUAAUUUUUAAAUGUGCUGAAUGUCAAAGUGUUUGCUAAACAACCUUAAUUUUACCUGGAUUAUGAUCUCAAUAUGCCAAAGUGUCUGUGUGUAUUUCAUCCCCGAGUACACACUCUAAAGUGCCUGUUCAAAACAGAUACUCAGACUUCAGGCUCCCCUAGUCUAAGCAGCACUGACUUUUUUGAAGAUUGAUCACUGAGUUUGGAGUGCAUGGACCACCUACACACAUAUACAGUAUAUUCACAUACACAUGUUCAGACGUUCAUCACAACCAGAGUUCACAGUCAGUAUCUACAGCCUGCAUAGAUACAAAAAAAUUGAGGAAAUUUGUAUCUGAGUGUAUAAAACUUUACAAAGGCCUGUUGCCAAUGACGAGCACAUGUGCGAUAAUGAGCAGAGCAGUGAGACAGUCCAGACUGCAGGAAAGCAAACAUUACCUUGUGAAGACAGAGACGGGAGAAAAGGUCAGAGCAGUGCAGGACGGUGCAGAGACUCUGUUUUUUUUGUGUGUUUUUUUUGGUGAUGUAAACCAGGUUUUGAAGUUGCUAGGAUAAAGAGGCUGGUGUUUUGGCAUCGAAAACAUUCUAAGCAAUUCUUUUUUUUUACAUGUUCGGUCUGGGAAGUAGGACAUGUUUUUGUUUGGCAUCUCUGAGUGUGUUUGGCUUUUGGUUGGGUUUGCUCUGUCUAGGAUGGGUGAGGUUGAGAAUAUCUGGGUGCUGAGAUACCAGAGCUGCUGAACAUGCCUUGCCCUUUAAUUUUCAAUUAUCUUGCAGCUGUCAACCUUGAACACAUUAGCCCUGUUUUGAUCAGGGUCCACGUUUUCUAAUUUCCUACCAAAAAGCUUUGUGAGAUUUUUGAGCUCCACUUGAACACAUAGUUCAACAGGUAUUAAGGGUUUUAAGAAAACGGGGCUUUCUCGACCUAAAUUCUUUCUGUGAUUUGUAGGACUAUAAGAUGGAGCCAAGCAGUGUGGAUAAGUGCAAGUGAAGUUUACUGAGUUUAUAUUUCCCUGCCAUGAUUAUUUGUAGUUUGAUAAUUCACUGAAAAUGUGCAAGAUAAGGAACAGGCUAAUUAUUGAAUGUCAAAUUGAUUUGAAUGGGGACAUUUUACAGUGAGCAGAUUGUUAUAAAUGAUGGGAACCCUGAUAAUAUGUUGUCGCAAUGUAAACAUAAAGACUUCAUAUUAAAUUUCAUUUUUUCUGUGUUUGAUUUGAUUUAAAUAAAAGUCUGUGAAUAGAGCUGCUCCCCUGCCAGGUGAACUAAUCCUGCGUUCCAAUUUUCUCUGAAGACAGAUGUCAGAGCUCGGAAUGACAUUACACCUGAACUGACGGCGUUCCGGUAAACAAGACGGAAAACCAAGAUGGACGCCUACCGUUAGCUGUUGUUAACUGUUGUUAACUGUUGUUUACAAUUGUCAGCUGUCGUUAGCUGUUGUCAGUUGUUGUUAGCUGCCGCCAGCGGUUGUUAGUUGAAGUUAGCUAUACCAGUUGUAAACAACGCACAGUAUUUUACUUUUACAAACACCAUAGCACUGUGUUCACACUUAGAAGUUGGGCAGUACAACAUAUUCCACUUAUUUAACUUCACAAAAAGAAAACAGAAGUGGUAAUAAAUAAUAUAUUACGAGAGCUUUCACCAUUACUCUUUACUAUUGAUGCACUACGCUGCCAUCUUGGAUUAUGAUAUUGUCUUCAGUUCGGGGUUGGUGACGAUCGUCCGACUUUCCGAGUCAUAAAUCCGACUUCGGGGGGGGCGUUCCAGAUCAAUUUCUGACUUGGAGCUUGGAAAUUCCAACUUCUGAGUACAAUUGCAAUGCAGCACAAUAUGCAUCCUUUACCCUCUAUCUAUAAUAUCUUCUAAAUUAUUUUAAAUAAUAGGAAGUAUUUUCUCUUUAUGUGACCAGCAAGAAAAUAGCUUAAAAUGAGCAACCAACACUUCUUCUUUUGCUUUUGAUUAAAGAAAGCACAUGAAUUAUUCUAAAUCUGUUAUUAUAGCUUCUGCAAAAGACCUUAUUUAAUGGGAUUGAAGAGGAUUGUAAUGUGAGUUUUUACCUGGCUCUGUUUAAUCAUUCUUGAUCCUGAGCGGUCAAAACGCUAAUUUUCAGCAAAAAAGGCAAGAAUCAGAAAGGGAUCUACCACAUUUCAUCUCUGCCUGUCAUCACUGUGGCAAAAAUCCCGUCCGGUCCAGUUUUGCAGAUUAACAGGACCAUAAAUGUUUAAGAGGCAAAAUCAAGAAAAGAUAUUCAUGAUCAACUUACUCAGUGAAGCAAGGGUUAAGUCUGACGUUUCUGUGACGACCUCAGCUCAGAGAGCGCAGACCAGAAUAACAGAGUCCUUUUAACAGUGACCUCCUGGUGACCCAGGCUAACCUCAACCCUCCAUGAUAUGUCUUAAAGUAGAAUUCAGUUGAAAUGUUGUUUUUUAAGUCCUCGAAUGUCGACUUCGUGGGAGAGAAUGUUGCGGGUGGCAGAGUACUGCUGCAGUUAUUCCUCAAAUCCCAUGUGAGUAUUUUGUGUUUAUUUGCACAAAGGCAGUACCAAGUUAAACUUUGAAGCCUUGUGUGUGCCAUCAUGGAAAUAAUAAAAGAUCUAAUGUAAAGAUGACCUCCCACACAUGCACACAAACAGACACACGCAUGCACGCACGCACGCCAAACGUGCGCGCGCAUACACACACAGACGCUAUGGCAGCAUUUCACAGACAGCUGGGCUACAUUGCAUCGUGCAAUGUCAGCCUUUAAGUUCUGUCAAGAAUCCUAUGUAAUUGCAGAGGAGUGUGUGUGUGAAUGAAAGAGAGUGUCAGUAUAGGGAGAUGGUGUCAGUGUGGGAAAAUGUGUGUGUGUGUGUAUGUGUGUGUGUGGGGGCCACAGACAUCAAAGUACAGAGGUCGAGGAGUUUGGAAGUUGGAUUUCAGGGAACCAGCUUCAGCCUUUCGAGCAUCCUGCACGCACUAACAUACUUGUAUGUGUCUACUGUGAUAUGCAUAACAGCAUGAGUCAGAGUGCGUUUGCAUGUCUGGAUUUUAGUCUGUGUGUGUUUGUGAGUGUACAUUCCAGCUCAAAGUUCAGUAGAUCUGCACAGUGCCCCACAGUGCUGCUUCCUAAUCCCUUCCAAGAAUGGCUGUUGCCAGGCAAAGAAAUGACCCAGUGGGACGCUAAUGGGACUUAAAGGAAACUCGUUCAUAACUGUCAGGGAUGUGGACUGAUUGUAAGUUAUAUAUAUGUGUGUGUAUGUGUGUGUUAUAGGUGUAUGUACUGUAUGUAUUUUGAAAAAAGUUAUAAAUCUUUUAUAAAAAAGCUCAUCAGUCUUGUAACUCUUUGUUUGAGCUGAAGCUUAUUAAAUCCUGAUUGCAAAACUUGGUGGCAUUUAAAAAUGUUGACGUUUGGAUAAAUGUCUGCCCUUUGGAGCUCAUAGUGGUAACUACUUGAGAUUUUCUUUGUGCACAAGUUUUAAGAAAAGAGCUUUAGACUUGGCAUGAAGCUGUGCCAAGCAUGGUAACAUUCAGUUAGAAUUACACGAAAAUUACCUCCACGAAAAUCCAAGAUCCCAAACUCAAAGAGGGAAAAAAAAUCUUUAUAGAGCUAAAAAUCUCAUCAGUUGACUAUUUUAUUGCAAAAAUGUCACAAACAGUCUUCAGUGUGUUUCCAGAUUCUCAUCUCAUCACACUUAACCUGAUUCACAAAAGGACUGUGUGAUCUUGAGUUCAGGAAACCUGUGAAAAUGAAAAGAAAAACCUGUCUGAUAGGGCUGGGCAAUACGGCCUCAAAUCAAUAUCAUGAUAUAUUGAGCAGUUCGCCUUGAUAACAACAAAUGGAUGAUAACUACUCCACAAGCUGCUCAACUCUCCUACAUUAACUUUGUCUACUUCAGUCGCCGCUCCAGCCGUUUCAACUUUUGAACCAUCCUCCAUCUCCUCACCUGUCUUUCCCUCUUUGUUACGAACUGGAUGGGAUGAAGUCAAGUCUCUGACGUAGGACAGCGUCUUGUCAAAAUGAUGUUGGUUAUUGUUGUAAAUUUCAGUAUCUGUAAAUAUUCGGUUUAUCGCCUGGCCCUACCGUCUGAUUCACCAAACAUUCAAAGGUCCAAAGCAGCUCAAACUGGGCUACAGAGCAAAAAAACGGUGUCAGUCCUUUAGUUAUGUUUGUGCAUAUUUAAACCGUCAUUAGGCAGCAGACACGUGGGGUAAAAUUGCCCUUAUUGCAAAAACCAUCAACUGCUGUAAUUCACAAAUACCAGCGCUAACAGCUGUACAUAGUCAGAGUGAAACUUUGACUGUCUGCCUUGAGUGGUUGUUAACAGGCAGCAGUAUUUCAUGCUCAAACUUUCAAGAGAUCAUGACAAGUCCUCCUCCAGAUUAGCAAAAAUAAAGUCUGUAAAUAUGACUUUGACAUUGACAGAAAUAAUGUAAUCAGAGGUUAAAUCAGUCUAAAACUUAACCCUUCACACAACCACCUAGUCAACAUGAGGAUGAGUAUGUUUUUGUUUUUCUGUCUGGACAUGUGCACUGUCUGCUGCGACAUGAUUAUUAUUGUUUCAGUGACCGGAAAUAUAGCCUUACUUAAUGAGGCAUCACAGAAAUCUUUUGGAGGAUACUGUCACUGUCUGUCAUCAGAGUUUAUCAGUGCAGCUGCCAAGAAGUUAUAAUUUCCCUUCAGUGGGCUUAAACUAAUUAGCUUUUCACACAGAGUGUACACGAGUGUAACAUGAGACACAAUGAUGUAUGAACGCCUUUUAACUCUUACAGUUAUAGAUCUGCGCUUUGGCUCUGACAAGAGAGAACGAUGACAGGAACCUGUAUGAGCUGAGAUGAAAUAAUUAACUCCCUGAGGCAUCAUUUUUUUAAUUCAAAAUUUUAAUAUGAGAAUAAUUAUAAGUUGACCUGUCGUUUUUAUUUGGUUAUAAAACAGAUACAGAGCUUUUUCCUCCUCCUCUCAGUCUUGAUUGUCUCUCCUCAGGCGCUUUCCUUGUGCCUUCAUUUUUCUAUUUUCUAUCACAUUUACUCUCCAUCAUUUUUUAUUUUGGGCUGUCUUGGGACAUCUGUGAAACCUGAGACUCAGAGGUAUCCAAGUAUCACAGACAAACUUUCUUCUCUAGCUCAAAUCCUCAGAAACAUCUCAGCUCUACUGUUUUUAAAGAUACAGCUGUUUUAAUGUCUUUUAAUUUUUGACACCAGAUACUUCACUUUAUUUUUUUCGACUGUGAAGAAGUGUUUGGCUUUGAGUCCAGCUGUUUGUCUGAAACGUGAAGAUGAGUUUGUUUGUUUGUGUGUGUGUGUGUGUGUGUGAAGACAGCUGCUCCUUGUCCAUCAAAGAAGCACCACAUUCCUAUCUUUGAAGUCACUGUCACACACUUCUGCACACAGACAGAUUUACACACGGCUUUUUCUGGAUCAUUAGUUACCGCUUUCAGACUUUUCAUCAGCGUGUAGAAAAUGAAUUAGCAUUGUUUUUACCCUCCACACUCUGUCACCUUUUACUAAGCUAGAAAAAUAAAACUAGUCAUCCUCCUGAUGCUUUACUUGUUUCGAAAUCAACAUUGAAGUGCAAAGAAACUUCUUUACCUAUGAUUCCUGCAGGUAUUUUGUGUUUUUUGUGAUCUUAAUCGGCUUUAAUAAAAAGAAAACAUGCCCAUAUAAAUAUAGAGUGAAUACUGAAAUGGGUGCAAUUAGGGGUGGGUAUCGCUUGUUGCCCCAAUACAACAUUAUUGCCAUUUUUAACAUUUUGCAAUACAAUGAUUAUUGGGAUAAAAAAUAUUGCGAUUUAUAAAAAAUUUUUUCAACUGUCUAGCUGAUUCUGCAUUUGUCUUUCCUUUAUGUUUGUCUAUCACCAAACAAAAUAUCGCGACAUUAUGCUGUAUCCAUUUUUUUCUCAAUGGCUGACUCAGCAGAGUCCUCUCAUUUUGAUUCCCCAUUAGUUGCAACCAAUCCAGCAGCUACUCAAAUUAUCUUUGUCAUGAACACGUACAGAUUGAUAAUGCUGUGGAGUCAGUGAAUUUUCUAGAUAAAGGAGAAAAAAAUAACAAUGACGCUGCUAGUCAGACUUUCUGUUUGUGUGUUUUUCUUUCUUGUGUCUCCGGCUUUCUUAGCUGGGCUCUCUCUGAACGUGCAAGCUGGUAUGUUUGUUCUCCCUCGGGAUGGGCUCAGAUCUGACAACAGCUAGGCCUACACCCGGGCAGGAAACCCAUCCCAGUGAGACAGCUAGUUGGCCAUGGACUAACGUGUGUAUUCAUGCCAUCUUACUGACAGCCAGUGCCCAAUACAAACCAGUUUUUUUCAAUGACAGUGCACAGUCGUUCACAUGCCCUGUUACAAAAGUUUACCCCUAAACUUAAGAGUCUAAUGGCCUUUUAGCACCUCCUUCCUGGCACUUUCAUACACAAACUGAAAGUGUUUUCAUUUCUCUUUGUCGUCAGUAUUGAUUUUGCCCUAUUUUGCAAAAUUGAGCCCAGCUUAAAAGCAUUAGUGCCCACUUACAGUGCCGCAAAAUGUUUCCCUAAUGGCUUUCCUCUGGAAGUCAUGCCAGUAGAGCCCAUAAAGCAGGUUCACCCAAGGCUGUAGAACAAGUCAGUCCGUUUUGAAAAAGUAUUUCCUUUUACAUCCGAGAAAUUCUGUUUCCGAGAAGAAGAGUGUGACAGUAAGAGGAGGAGGCUUUUCUUCAAGGUCAGAUGUUUGAUUCUUUAGUGACACAUCUCAUUUCCCUCUCCCCCUCUAUGAGCCUACAAAGCUGUCUUUCUGGCUCGACCGUCAUCCGCCCAGAUCCUUUGCCCACCUUACUUCCUGCCUGUUAUGUGGCUUGGUGUUUUUUCUCUUCUUUUCAUGCUUUGAAUUCUUGUUGAUAAAAAGGAGAUAGCUCCCGAUAAUGACCACAGGAGAGAAGUCAAUGACAGUGUCUUAUGAUUCAAAGGUUGAAUAAAAAUAUGAAGGUUAAAACAACUCUUUAAUCUCAGUCAUUCUACACGAGGUUAAAAAGAGUGAUUACAUCCAUACACUGCAUUGAUUGUUUUUUAUUUUUACAUCAGACAUAAAAUUUAAACCUUGAAAUCUCUAAAAAUAUAAGAAGCCUUUUGUAAAUGAGUGACGACCUAUCUUUAAUUCUUAACAGGUCAACCACCAUGUGCAGAAUAGAGAGGAACUUAACCUGAUCCAUCCUGCCAAAAAGCUCUUGCUGUCUCACGGUGGAUAUGUGUGUCUCAGGAAGUCAUUGUACACUCGCAGCAUCCCCCCAGAGAGACUGGAAUUGAAUCCCUGCCUCGGCACCUUGAGUCAUCCCCCUUCUCAUCCACAGAGGUUUGUAUGAUAUAGUUUUUCUGCACAUAUUUAAUAUGUGGCCACGUUUGUCUUUGGUCCAUCAGGUGAAGAAAAAGUUGCUUUAAAAUUCAUAAUUACAUUUAGAAAAUGAAUAAAGAAACAUGAAUAACAAUGGAAACUAGAGGGAAAAAACUCACUGUGACCAACCCAUCACACAGCUGUGAGAAAUAGUCAAUUCUGUGUGGUCACUUAUGGCAUUAUGGGAAAAAGGAGGAGAGGUGCAACUCAAAAAGAUAAAGAAAAAUCAAAAAGUGAAGAUGGCAAGUAAAGUGAAUGCUCAACAGAAGAUGGUUUUGGAUUUAGUGAUGUUUAAAGGUGGUGUCCCAACAAAGAUGAUGAACUGGAACAGACCAUAUCAGAGAUGGUUUAGGUCCAGUAGUUUUUUAGGCCACUCUCACAUCUGUGCUGGGAUUCUGACGUUAGUGUUUGAGACUUAAAGUUUUUCACUUUCCCAGUUUGAAAUGCGAUCAGAAAACUCACAUAUUAAUUCGAUAUGACUUAUGUGACUUUGUUUCUUAGACUUUAUCGUGCUUGUGACCAGAGGACGUCAGCGUGUUCAUUACUGACAGGAGCUCUAUUGGAGGCCACAGCUGCUCUCGGUGCCCGCUCCACUCUGCCCUACCCGCUGCCUCAAGGGCCCAACGGACACGCCGUGCUGAAAGGUAAGUGUUAUACUAUGCUAGACUUCACUUCUAGCCUUCUUAGCACUCUAAUGCUCCAUAUGAUCAUACUUAGUAGGAUUAAAAUGGAUUCAACGGGGGGCAGAGCAGGAGUUUGAGCUUGUAUUUGUUUGAUUCUGAGAAGAAAAGGUUCUCACUGUUCCCCUGUGAUUUACUGCUUCACUGUCCUCCCUCACUCUCAGCUCUUUUCCCACACGGUUCCUUAUCCACAGCGGGUUUCGGGUCGGUCGGAGCACGUCUGUAGUUGAUCUCAGCGGUUGCCCUUUCCUUUAUACGUUUCUUUUUAUUUCCACUGUCCUCAUACGAUCUUUUCACUCUCGCUUUAUCUCUGUCACUCUCCACUCCGUUCCUCGUUUUAGGUAGACUUUCACUUACACAACACCGACACAGACACCACAGGGUCCCCUCACAGCCAGUCGAGAACAGAGACUUCAAACACAGCAGGUUGUGUCCUAACCUCUUAUAAUGCUCUCUUUAACACACUGGAAAGCUAGGAAGUUUUACAUGAAUAUAUGAAUGUGUCUUUUAAGGGGAAUUUUAAAACACAUUUUCUUAAUAAGCAGACAGAGGGUGCGACCUUUCUCUCUUACUCUCUUACUUUCAGCAUGACUUCAUCAUCCAACCAAUCAGCUGGUCUUUCACUCGCCCAGCUGGUAACUGUCAGUCCACCUUCACUACAAUGAUGUUACGUAUGACUUCAAUGUAAGCUGAGCCUGACAUUCAUUCUACAGGCAGAAAGCCAGGGGACAGACUGUCUCCCUCAAGACCCAGAAGACACGCGCACACACACACACAUACACACAUGCACACGCAGGGUCCAUAAAUGACAAUCAAGAACAUGAUUUUUCAUUUUGUGUCUUUUUGUCUUGCUAUUAUUUAAAGCUUGAAAUGUAUUUUCCGGAGGACUCUGGAGAGCUAAAUACAAACACACACAUAUGCUUUCAUGCAAGAUUACACAAGUGCAUGCACUUGUAUGCAAGAGGGGAUUUGUUUCUUUGUGUCUCGCUUGAUAAAUACCAGUUUUCACAUGUAACUCUUUCAGAGGCAGAAAAAAGCACACAUAAAUAUUUGACAAACAUCUACUUUUUUGUAGUUUUUUAUUCAAAUUAAACAUUUAACUUCACAUUCAAAGGCUGAGACAAAAAACUCAACACACACACAGCACAUAUCUUUAACAUGACACCUUGUUCUGUCCUAAUGGGUGUUGCAGGAAACAGAAUAGAGCCAGACACGCGCACACAUAGCAGCUCAGAAGUCUUGGCAGGACUCUGGUUUCACAGUCACACAUACACGCACACACACAGACACAGACACACACACACGCACACACACACACGCACACAUAUGAAAGACUCCACGAGUCAUUCUGUCUCUGUAGCCUUGUGCCAAAAACUACCCAGAUAUUGCACAACAUUUACUGCUCAGACUGAGACCCAGAUUGUUACUUUGUGUUUAUAAGAAGUGGUCUGUUUCUCAUCUGCAUAUCACCUCUGGCUUUCAUUCACACAAACCACCAGUUUGCAUUUGGCUGAUUUGACAUUUAAUAAACUGGACAGUGGCAUUCAUCUAUCCAUAACAACAGACGGAUAUACUGUUUAAAAAUAUUUGGUAGAAAUGAAAAAAAAAGAAAAACAGGUAUGUGAGUAAAAACAGUUUUUUUAGGAGCCUAGUAAGUUGUUCUAUUGAUUGAUGCCAGGCGGGCACAGUCUGUUUCCUCAGUCAUGAUUAUGUCAUUGUCCUUCAUAGAGGAUUGUUUCACUCAGCUGAACGAUGAGGAAAGUCAAUCUUAUGUUUGAUUUUCUGUGUACUAGUAUAGUUUUUACUCAGAUAUCAUUCAAGGGACCGUCCAUCUUUUUAAAAUCCAUCCUUUAUUUGCCACAGGCAUUAGCAGUCAAGUUUUUUCCCAUACAAACUUCUGUAAGCUAAUUCAACUGAAAAUGAACAUGCUUGCAAAGGCAGCUGUUAAAAGCAUUUAAAACUUGCCUGCUCUUUUAGAAAUAUGCACACUAGAUAAUAGGGGCCCCAUGAUACAGUAUUAUAACAAUACUUGGGCCACGCUAUGAUAUUUUUGCAAUUUUUAACAUUUUGCAAUACAGUGAGUAUUGCAAUAAAGGAUUCAUACAAUUUUUUCAAAUUUUGAGCUAAUUUAUCAUUUGUCUUUCCUUUAUGUUUUUCUUAUUCAUGCUUUCUUUUUAUUUUCAUGUAGCACAUCUUGCAAACCUUAUAUAUAUUUGUUGUACUAACUUUCUCCUGCUCUAUGAUGUCCCCUCACUGGACAAACACUUGAUUUUAUUUUCCCAUUGUCAUAGAUUUGACUUCAUAUUAGCAAUUGAUUUAAAAAAUAAAUUCUUGUUAAAAGAGACGAUAUAAGAUGUAUCACCAGACAAAAUAUUGCAAUACUAUGCUGUAUUGAUUUUUUCCUUACCCCUACCAGAUGGGUUGCACUACUACUCACUACUACUGGUUUUGUCUGCAUACAUUGACAAAUCGGUCAUGAAACAGCAGAGAGGGUAUGGUGCCCUCCACCAGUCAAAUCCUGUGUAAAGUCCAAGGUGAAGUUUUUUUCUUUCCAUGAAAAGGAAGCAUUAUUUCUACAGAUUGCUGGAGUUUGCAGUUUUCAUUAGGUGGUUGAACUUUGUAACACACUGGGACGUGCAGCAGCACCCUAAUUUGGUGGUUGUGUAUCUGUGUAUUUGCUCAAACAGAUAUGAGGAUUUGGAGAUCACUGGGAAUAUUUGUCUCCUGAUAUCGUUUUAUGGCUUUAGAUAUAAUAGUUCUGUUGGUGUCCAAAACAGAGGAUGUGCUCACUGCUUUCUCUGACACAAACUGUACAUGCACACAAAUCAGCAGGUCCAGAUCACAUCCAUUUGUAUAGCAAUGUUUAUGGUGCAGGCUCCACCUGGAAAUGGAAUGGCUUGUUAUGGUUAUUUUCAAGUCUUAAUUCAGCCCCUGUUUUUCUUAUCUUAUGCACAAAUUUUAUAGUGUGCAUCUGAUAAAAUAGGCUUAAAAAGCAACAUCAAGAAGAUGCAAUCUGCAGUGUACUGCCUCUAUUUUCUGAAGUGGUCUACCUUCUUCUAUAGUGAAGGUCAUCAUUGCACCAUCUCCAUAAAAGAGCUUUUGUGUGUUCUAGCCAUACAUUUCCAGCCCAAAACCUGUUGUUACUUAUAAUUUUAAAUAGUUUCCGUUACAUGUGUCAUAAACAUCAUCCUCUCUGUUUGUGUACACCACACUUUGAGGGAGGCUAUUAAAAGCACACAUUAAGACAGUGAGAAAGGACCACUUGAUUAUAAAGAUACUGUAAUUGGCAGUUUGUUUUCAUAUAUUAACAUUGCGCCAGAAGGUCAAAUUUACAAGUAUCACCUGGGCUUUUGGUUUCCUUUGUGAACACUGUGUACUUGUGUGUGUUAUCAUCAUCCCUCUCCUGUCCUAAUAAGGUAUUAUUUUUAGGUUCAGUGUUGUGCUAGCAGAACUGGGGCUGGAGGUACAACUUAGCAAACUCUUACACUGCCUCUGGCCCAAAUGCUUUUAAGGAUUACGAGGAUAAUCGCUUGGCCAACCUUAGUGUAUUCUUAGAGUUUUAAUGUGAGCGUUGAGAGGAGGAAUGUCUCAGGACCUUCUUCUCGUGCCAUGUCCACUGUAACAACACCAAAGCAUUUUCUGGGUGAGGGUGAAUGACUUGUGUCUCUCUGGAGUAAAACAAUCAUUCAGUUUUAGUGGCUCGUCAGAGAGGAGAUUUUAAAGAUGAAGGAUUUCUUAGUGGUUGAGCUGGCACAUGUCUGGGUCAGUAUGGCUGGUUUGUGUUUAGUGGCUACACUGACAACAAUUCAGACAAAUAGUGGUGUUGGAAGAAAUGUCAGCUGGUAAUGAUGUAGGACAGGUCAAGGGUGAAUGUGUGUGCACACCAGGUGGAGAAGCAUGCAUGUAUCUGGGUAUGUUAAAUAAACUGUACUCAAAUGAGGAUUUUCUCAUUAUUUCUAACAUUUAGGCUCAUCAGUCUGAAUUUAUGUUUCAGUUUAAAAACUGCUAAAUUAGUUGCUUCAGGACAUCCCUAACUUCACGCAGAUGUGUGUCUCUGAUUGUUCCACCUGUUUGUUUGUUUUUUUUUUCUUGUUUUUUUUUUAACAGAACCCAGUAAUGAGAAAUCAUUUAAUGGAUAGUUAAAAUUCUCUAUAUAUUGUUUUUCAGCUAACUUUUUUGUUUGUAUGUAAAAUUGUACCUAACCUAUAUAAAUUGAUAGCUAGUUCUAAUGAUCGAUCCUCUCUGUGGUGACUUAAACACUAUCGGAGAAGAAGCUACUUGUUCAGCUUGAGUGAUAAGGUUUAUUUUUUUUAAUUUAAAUAUUUAAGAGCCUUAAUCUCUGGUAAAAUAAAUACACAUAUUAGUUUUUGAUAAUACUAAUAAGAAGUUACAGCAGUUAAAGGAGCCACAUUGAUUUAUUUUUUAAAUUAAUUUCUGUUAUGUUAUUGCCAUUGUUUAAAAAUUCAUGUGGAGGGGUUAGUUGUGUAAUCUGUGGUGACAAACCUGUAUGAUGACAUAUGAAGGAAAGCUUGUGGUUAAAAAAGAAAAAAGAAAAAAAAAAGAUUAAAAAAAAACAACAUUAACAAAAAACUGGAGAUGACUAAACAAGCACUGAAAAUAUGAUGACAUAAUUAUGAUAAAAUGAUAUUUUAAGUUGUUGUCAUUCUUCUUAGAAUAGACACUCAUUCUUACGGCUGUAUUUACUGCCAAAGUAUACAGUGACUCAGUUAUUUAAGUUUAAGGGAAAAAAACUCCUCUAGAGACCUCUGGGAUUCAGCCUUAUUCAUGUGAACUAUAUAUGGGAGUGGUCUAAGUGCUCUUCCUGACCCUGUUUCCUUUGUAACACAAUUUACUCCACUGCUGAAAAGGAAGCAGGCAGUUCAGUAAUUGGUAGUCAUCAUUCAAGCUUAAAAGUCGUAGUCCUUUCUUUCUUUCUUGUGAUGUUAGUGUUUUUUCCACCAAUAUUUUGAACAUGUUUUCAUCCUUCUUAAAGCAACUUUUUGUGUUUAUUCUGGUACCCCUGAAGUCAAAGUGACACUUCAUGUUUUUGCAGGUAUUUUUCUGUAGCCUACAUGUGAAAGUGCGGUUUUAUGAUGACAAAUGUCAUCCUGCUUUCUUAAAUCAGUCAGAUAUGAUCUUCAUCAUGAAUAUUUCCUGCUGAAAAUAUACAAAAAUGGCUCAUUUUUACUGUGCUAUAGAUUUCAUGGUCUGACACCUCACCCCCUCGUAUCAGUAUUAGUUCACUAUAAAAUCCAACUUUAUCUCACUUGUCCUAUUUGCAUUUGAGAUCAUAGAGGCAUCCUGCUCUGUACCAGUUUCAUAACUUAUCAAAAACAAACUCCUUAAUCUUGGAGGUUGAAUAUACAGCGUGCUGACUCCAAUAUAGAACUUCAAAUUCAACUAUUAAUACUUUAAAAACACCUUAAGGUCAAUAUUUAUUAAGUCAGUAUUGAUAUUGACCACCAAUACUGCUGACCAUGUGGUACCCCAGAUGCACCCCUCCACCCAUAAAACCUAAGCUUGCAUAAUAUCAGUAGAAAUAUUUUUUUCCACCUGUUUGAUGUAUUUUUCAUCAUAAGGAUGUUAAAGACUAGCAGACAGACUCACUUGCUGACCGACUAGCUUCUUUAGCCUUGAAGCACCUUGCCUUGUGUAGCCUGACUACAUAAGCAAUGGGGAGUCUUCGUGCAGUAGAGUCGCUGUCUGCUGGUCUAACUCUAGCGCAUGGCUGUGAACUAUGUAUGGUGUCAGUAAGGGGUGGGCGGGAGACCAAAAGAGGGAGAGGGAGACACACACACAGUAAGAGGGGAGUGAGGAAUAGUGCCAUUAACUUGGCCAGGAGAGAGAGGGAGAGAGAGAGAGAGAGCAAGGAUUGUUUGCUGAUAAGGAGAGAGAAAGGAGCCAGGUGAAGGAGAAAAAGCAACAGGCUGAGAUACAGUCUGGUUCAAGAGAGAGCUGUACAGGGAAUGGAUUGAGGGAGAGAGACAUACAACAGAGAGAGAUAGAGAGAGAGAGAGAGAGAGAGAGAGAGCAGCUGCCGUAGAGACAGGACUUGACGGACUCAAAUGUGGACAAGUGUACCUCGGUCACUGAGCUGUCAGUGUGGAAGUAGAGCAGCCAGCUGUAUCUAGCAACCAUGAAACACUCCCACAGAAUGGACUACAAGCUGAUCAGUGAGUAGAGCAAAAGUGAGUUAUGAUGUGUGUGUGUUGAAGAUUUUCAUCCUGAAGUGUCCUCAAUGUGUGUUAAAUGUCACUUUUAAACCGUUGCAUGUUUUUUGUUGCUGUUUUCUUUCUUUCUUUCUUUCUUUUUUUUUUUGCUGACUCAAAAGAACUGCCUAUGAAUCAGUAUUUUUGUCUGACUGUACCUGUAGUAUAAAUGGAGCAUAGUUUAAGCAUAUGAGGAAUCUAGGGUUCUUCAGUCAUUGUGAAUGAGUACUAAUCAGCUAGUAAAUAUAGUAAUGAGGGACUCUGAAUGUGAUAAGAUUCAGUCUUGAUUAUAAAAAAUAAUAAAAUAAAAUAAAAUAAAAAGGGACUUAUUUUAAGAGGUCACUUUUAAGGUUUUCUAAACUAUGUUUGGGUUAGUUGUGACUGAGUCGGAGUCAGUUUAAAUUGUGAAGUUCAUGGAAGAGUCUCUGUCCUUACCAUCUAAGUUGAGCCAAAGUGGUUUUACUGUUACAGUGAGUUGUAUCUUUUAGAUUUCAUAGCAGGUCUUUGGUGUUGGAUUUUUACUUUGCAAUGUGUUUCCUUCAAUCCAGCAUUUUUGUAUCUGCUCAAGGUUUUAGGUUUGACUCUUCAAAUAACUGGGUUAUAUCGUAUCGUAUUAUAUCAUAUUGUGUCGUGUCAUGUCGUAUCGUAUCGUAUCAUAUUGUAUUAUCUCAUAGAGCCAUGCCAUUUGGUGUGGCAAUGUAUUGCAUGGUGUCGCUUUGCAUCCCAUCCCAUCCCAACCCAAACCAUACAGCCUGAAAUGAGCAAUAAUAUUGCCACUGGGCAUCUUAAAAGAUGUGGAAUGCAGUACCUUAAAAAAUGCCUGUGUUGUGCACUCUCCAUACUUUCAACCUCACAAGAAUUUCAGGGUCCAUAGGUGGCUUCACAUUGAAUUGACCCUAAGAAUGAAUGUCACGCAGGGUUGUGUGUAUGUUUAGACUCAUAGGGAAGCAUUGGAAUGAGCCAUUAUGGUUUGAACAGCUCAGACUCACAUGAAGGUAUCUCUUUCCUCUAAAUUCACUCUUGCUUGACUGCAUUUUCUUUAGGUUUAUCUCUUGAUUCAUUACCUGAAGCCUUUUACUUCUUUUUAAAUUUUAUCUUCAUGCUGUAAAGGUCAGGCAACUCUCAAUGUUUUACUUUCCACACAUGCUUCUGUGUGUGCAAGCAGGGCUCACAUCUGAUCCAACAGGGAAACUCCCUGCGAUAACUCACGAUUUUCAGCAGUCAGACUGAUCGGUGUUUAUUACUUCUUCUACUGCUGUGUAUCUUUUCUCUGUUUUGAGAGUUACAUAUUUUUGUGUGUUUAUAUUUGCUGCCCCACCUGUUUGUUUGUUAAUUGAUCAUAUUUGCAGGUGCUUACGUGACCCUUUGCUAUCUUUGAUUUGUGUGUAUUAAUAAGAACAAUGCAUAUCAUAUUUGUCAGAUUUUAGGACCAUUUGUCAGAGCUUCAUGUACUAGCCAUGGAGGAUCAGAUUCAAAGUUACAGUGUGGGAAAGCAAAAAAAGUCUGUUGAUAUUUUUGAGUAGCAAUGGGAAUACAAGUUUCAUAAAUAACAAAUAGUCAUGGUUUGUUGACAGUAGUUGCUGUUUGUGCUGCACCUGUUUUUUGAUGCCCCGCAUACUUCAGCAGGGAAGUUGUCAUCAGCUCUGAGACCAGUGUACAGGAGGCACUUGGUGGAUGAAGAAAGAUGUGGCCUGUGCUCAAGGUUCCUCUCCUUUGGUACACAUACUGUAGUUAUUGAUUUUCCACGCACAAGUGCCCGUACAGUGUUGGCAGGGAGACAGUUGUCUAUUGACUUUAAGUAAUUAAAGUAUCAAACUUUAUUAGGCUGGUUUUGACAUUGAGCAAACCUCCCCUGAAGAGUUGCUUUUGAUAUUAGUGCCACUGUAUCUGUUAGAUACAUCACACAGUCUUCUUGCUUAAUCUGCUGAGUGAUGACGGAUGAAGUGGUGGUGACAAACUUACUAUAGAUGUGAUCAGAGGUUCAGCAGAAAACCACAACAAGGCGUCAGAUCACGUCAUUGAGUGUUUCUGUGCAUUCAAGUAUACAAAGUAGUGUCAUUUUUCUCACCUUCACUGAGUGCACCAUAAAUCACAGUUACAAGGUUAUCAUUUGCAGAAAACACAAUGCAAAAGUUAAAAUUUAUCAGAAUAGAAAAUUAUGUAAUGCAAACAAGCUGUUAUUUUUUCAUUCAGCAAGUUUGUAGACAGAGACCUGGGUUUUAUCAUCAUGCUCUUUUAAUGAUGUGAAAUAUAGCUCAUGCUAGUUAUUAGCUACUAUUUGGUGCCAAGUUAGUGGUGGAAUAAGAGCUGUGAUUUGGAUUGAUUUUGGAUUCAGAAGGGACAGUCUGCAAACACAGGUGUAGUUUGAACAGCCUAUACUUUCCUGGAUCUUGUUAUGAAGAAGGUUUGAAGUGUCAGUUUUUAAAUCCCAAUCUGUUAUGUAUAUGUGUGUAUAUAAAAACAGCAUACCGUACAUUUGGACUUCAGUAGAUAAAAAAAAAGAACAAAAGUGGUUUGAUUUAAAUGGCACAUCACAUACAACAAACCCAGCCAUGCAACACAUACACUAUUUUUGGAAUAUUUCAUACAAACAAACACCCACACUCUUGUAUUUCCUAAUGCAUAAAGAUAUUGGAAACGUUUAAAAAGGAUUUUCAGUCAGUCGAACCUUUCCACAAAUGCAUUUAGAGGAGAAUCCAUCUCACACACAAACACACAUUCAGAUUUAAACACAUUCACAGACACAGGGAGUGUUACAGAUGAGUAAACUUCUGCAUUAGAUUCACAGACACUUCAUGGUUAAUUAGAUCUAGGUUCAUGUUGUCCCCUCUCUCAUGCGCAGUAUUGCUCAUCGAUGUUUCUCACACUGCGGCUUUUCUUAUCUGUAACAGGUCACUAGGCUUCAUCUCAUGGGUCCAAAGAGUUUUUAUUAGAAACACUUAUCGCAGCAACCCAAGAUCUCAGUCCCAGCGUUAAUUUAUCACAGCCCUCUCUUGUCAUCUUUGAUUAUUGUGCAGUUUGUGUGAGGCUUACAGACAGAAGUAUAGAGUAUCACUGACAAUAAAUAAAAGACGCAUUCGAUUUUCAACCAGUCAGUUGCACCUGAGUCCAGCUGCUUUGCCAAUAAAAUGGUUUAGUAUUACUGUCAGCAGCAACCGCCAUGGUUACGGCUCUCGUCCUCUGCAUUAAUGCACAUUGGCUUUUAAUAAAUUCUUUUGAGUCUCUUAAGAGUUUUUUGUCUCUGCCAGUUUAAGGAGUGAAUAAAUGAAUGAUUGAGGUAAUGAAAUUCAUAUCACUCAUUUCAGAGUGUCUCUAUUUCCACUUCAGAAGGCUACCACGUAAAAACAGACCCUGAGUAGGGAUUGUAAGACGUCGGUUCUAUGUUUAAGGGGUUUAAACUUUGGGUUUAAAUGAAGAAACCAUUUUUCAUGUUUGUUGUUUUUCAAUUUAGUGUCAUUAUCUAGCCUCAGUGUUGUUACAGUGAUUUGAAUUUAUGGACAUACUGAAGUUUACUUUUACACCAAUAUUUCAAACCAGUGAAAUGAAAUAAAAAAAGAGAGUCUGACAGAUGACAACAGUAGAGACCCACAGAAAUCCACUGAUGGAAAACCUUCUUACCAUGGGUUUAAAAGCUGAAACUGUUUUUCCAUCAUGUCCUGCUUGUGCUAAAUGGCUCUAUAAUGAACUAACCUUCCUAAUCUUUGGUCAGUCCCUCUGUUGGAAAUUUAAAGGCUUUAAUGGAUUAUACUGUCUCACUAACUGUGAUAGAGACCUCACACCUGCUGCUAAAUCUAAACUACAAAAUUUCCACUUGUCCUAGUUAUCUUUUCAUUUCUCUUUAUCUUAUCUUCACCCUCUCCUCUCAUCCUUCUUCCUCUCUCGUUUUCCUCCUCAGUUUCUCCAAUCCUUUUUCCUUUUUUUCCUGCUUGUCUUUCUAAAACCACCUUUCUUUUUCCUAAUCUCAUGUUUUAGUUAAUUUCAGUCCAGUCCUUGUUCUUCUUUUUUCUUUUGUCUCACAUUGUCAUCUGUCAUUUAAGUACACUCUGUCUUUUAUUUAACGGUCUUUCUUUUUAAUACCACUCUCACAAAUGCACACACACACACACGGCAUCUUUAUAGAAGCUGUUAAGCUGGAUCCACAAAUCAAACUGUGCAAAUAAGCAAUUUUUUUCCGACAGCGCAGUUACUGCUGUUGUCAUGGCUACCUGCUGAACACCUCAAGGGUUACUAAGGACAUCAUUUAAGUGUGUGUGUAUAUGUGUGUAUUCCUAGACUAUUGUUAACAAUGUGUGUAUGACUAGAGGAGGAAGAGUUGUCGGGCUAAGACAGUUUAUAGAAAGCAGAGGGAGUCUGUCUAACACCUGGUAUUUAUUUGGUAUAAUAUACAUCUCUUCGCCUCCUUGGUUUUGUAAACAUAACAUUGCAUAACACUGGUUUUACGCACUAAAUUGACUCCCGUGGAAGAAAGUAUUGGUUGAAUUCUGACCAAAGGGGCAAAAUAAUAAACACUUUCUUCAAAAGCAUGUAACUGUAUUUAAAGUGUCUCCCUCCUGUCUAAACAAAUACUGCAUCUGCAUCAAAGUGCAGUGUCAUGGCUUGCAUUUGAUGACUCAGCAACUUAAUCUUAUGUGAACUUAACUUUAGAAGAAGGGACUUAUCAGUGGUCAAGAUUGCCUGUAGUAAAUUUAGACAUUUCUCAGCAUUUCUCCAUCUUACAGGUGGGUAAAAUCGCUUAAAAAAAACCACAUCAGAUUGUUCCAGGAAAAAGUUCCUGCAGUGGAAAAGUGCCCAAUAGUUUACAUGGCAUUCAUCCUGAGAAUGUGCAGCUCCAGCACCAGAGUAGAAACUGUCGAGAAGUCCUUUAUAAGCAAAGACGAGGACAGGUUUGUUUGUGUGUAAGCAGUUUGACUAAUUGAUCUGACUCGAAUCCAAACACAGGAACUGGCAGGUGAUCAAUGUAGUCUGCUUGCAGAGGCUGAAGUGUGCAGGCUUCUCUUAGCUGCAGAUCGAGGGGGAAGAGAGUUUGCGGUAUGCAGAGAUUGAUGGUUCAGAAGACUUAAGACAUUUAGGUUAAUCCUGGAAGAGAGACGCUGUUUCUUUGAGAUUUAAAACUUUUAUGGUCAAAGGUAAAUACCAGAGUAGAUUAAUGUUUCAAAUGUAAUCCCUCCUCUCGCUGAUUCCUGUUGCCCUUUUUUUUCCAUUUAUUUCAGAAACAGCAGUCUCUGUUGUCCUUCAAUAUCAUAUUAGUGAAUUACUAACUCUUUUUCCUGUUUGUUAAAUAAUGUUUCUCUUUCGUGUGUUAAUUAUUGAUACAGAGUUCAUGAUCCUUCGUCUUCUUUUCCGUCCCUUUUUCUUUCCUCCCAGAGCGUCAGCUAGCUAACGGUAUGAGCAGCAGCAGCUCUCUUCCUCCCAGCGUCAGCGGGAUCAGUAAGGAGCUGGCAGAUGUGCGCCACCUUGUCCAGUUCCCCGAGGAGAUUGCUUGUAUCCUCACAGAGCAAGAACAGCAGCUCUACAAACGGGUGAGCAAAACUUACAUCAACACAAACAUGUCCAAGUUAAGGAUUUGUUUGAAAAUUCAAAGUAGGGAGAAAGAUUGAUGCAGACUUAAUGUCUUCAGGUCUUUCCACUGGACUACCUCUGUUUCCUCACUCGAGAUCUGGGAAGCCCUGAGUGUCAAAGCAAACGCCACCCAAACCUCAAGGCCUCACUGUCAGUGCCAGCCAUGCCUACCCAGAGUGCUCAGCAAAGCAAUGCUGUGGAGGACCUAGUGGCACGAUUCAAUGAGGUAAAAGUGAGAUAAAGCAUUUUUAUAAAAUGUGAAGAAAAACUUCAGAUCAUUUCAGUAAGAAUCCACGUGUUAUGAACAUUCAUUGUCUAUAAAUCUUACAAAUCUGUGGUGUGAUCCUCCUGAAGUUAUUGGUCUUGUUUUAUUAAAGCGGCUGUGAGUCAUCAUCGCUCUUGCACAGUCAGUCUAUAUCUCACAAGCUGAGUUUUACAGCAUGAUUGAAGCCAGGGUGAGCUCACUUGAGAAGCCUAGAUACCAAUCAGAGAACUAUGUGGAUAGGCUUAAUGAUUUAACCCCUGAAUACCCUGAACAGCUCCUUCAAACAUCAUGGUCAAAAGAUGGCCUUCAUGUUGAAAGAGGGAACUUGGCUAACGGGAAGAGCUGACGAUGUACGAUGCUGCUACUCUUGAUUUGACAAGUGUGUUGCCUGCCUAACAAUUGACAUAAUCAGAGACCGUGAAAAAUGUGCUCUGCAGUUUAACAUGAGUGUGAAAGGCUGGAAUUCAAAGCAGGGCAGUAAUUAUGUUUCACUGCAGCAGGGUUUGCUUUCCUGCAUUUUCUCCUCUGACUGAAACGCACACUGUGUGCACACAAGCAUGCACAAGCUGGCCAGAGUUUCUCUUUGAGGCCGUGUCUCUACUGGUGAGUGACUUUGAGAAUAAACAAUCACAACUCUGAAAAAGCUCCAAAAGAGAAACUCAGAGAGGCAGAGAGAUUGAUAGGGAGUAAUGAUGUCAUCUUUGAGUUGCAUGCUUUUCACAUCAGCUGGUUUUAAUUUAAGCGAAGGGAGACACAAGAGAGACACACAAAAUACUUUCUCAGAUGUGCAUUGUAGCCAUAUACGGGCACAAAGGAACAAGAGUCAAAUGAGAAGAGAGUAGACACUGAUGAAGAUCUGAGGUGGCUUCGUGUUUAAACGCUCGCUCGGUGGAGAUCAGUUUUAGUUUGCAGUUGUAGCUUUGAGUGUUCACAGUCGAGUAGAUGAUUUUUUUUCUCAGCUUUUGCUCAGCUGCUGCUGUGCAAUGCUAAUUAUCUUAAACAUGUGUGAAACCAUAUAAACACAUGGGUAACGCUUUAUAUGACGCCUAUCUCUAUAACGCAUUAUAAAUAUAUCUAUAAUGCGUUAUCAUGUUAUUGCACUGUAUAACUAUAGUUAUAAACACUCAUAAAUGAUCAUAAUGCUUUAUAGCAAUAAUCACAACACAUUAUAAAGCAUUUUAUGAUUACUUACAAGGUCAGGUAUUAUAAUGUGUUAUGACUGUUAACAACAGUUGCAUUGCAUUAUCUAUGUGGGCAUUGUCAGUGAGUUGUGAACAGUUAUAACACAUUAUAAUACCUGACUUUGUCAGUCAUGAUAAAAUGCUUUAUAAUUUGUUAUGAUUAUUGCAUUAUAAUCAUUAAUUUGUGUUUAUAACUAUAGUUAUGCAGUGCUAUAACAUGAUUGUAAUGCAUUAUACAUUUAUAAUGCGUUAUAGAGAUAGGCAUCAAAAAAAGUGUUACCAAAACAUUUUUAUUGAACAUUUAGUUCUUAAUGAUCAGGCUAAUGUAAAGCAGGUGUUUCUGUUUCCUUUAAAAGCUCAAAAAUUUAGCUGCUCUGUCACAGGUCAAGCUGAAACACUUGGUUCAUGUAAACAACAUGUAAACUGACACAGACAACUAUCUGCACUUAUUUAAAUCAGUGUAACUUCAGCAGUUCCUUUUUUUCUCUGAACAUAAUCGUGCGUCUUUGGAAGAUUUCAGUCUGAACCUGUGUCUUAUGACUCUUGUAUUUAAUGUCUAUAUAUGAUAUUGCAUAGACUGACUUGUUAUGAAACGAAAAGCACGUAAGGAGAACAUUUGGCGAAAGGAAAUACUGAGCAGCCUGGGCCUCUUUAAGUCCUCUGGAGUGUUUAGCUUUUGACAGGAUGAGUACAGCGUGUGCUCAUGUGUCAAGUUUGUAAUAGUUCUCUGUCAACCUCCAUUAUGUAAUUCAUGUAUCAAGGAGAAAGUGACCCUCAUAGUUGGACUAAUAAUACCAGCACAGACUGAGACAGAGACACACGCACAAACAUCACAGGGGAUCAAACAGUCAUUAAUGACACAUACGCUAUUUUCAAGGACGCUUUUUCUUCAUCUCCUGACCGUCCUUGUCCCUUAUUUUCCUUUUUUUUGCCCCGUGUGUCAUUAUACUCUCUCUUUAUUUAGCAUGCCUUCAUAUCCUGUAGGUUAUCUUUGGUACACAACACUGAGUACACACUUUUGCUUUCUGGAAUAUCAGGAGAGAUGCCAACUCAACACCGCCUUGAUCUUUGGUGAUUCAGAAAGCCUCUGUGCAGACUGUCGGCGGCGUUAGGAUGGUGACUGUAACUUAACCCAGCUGCUGAGUUUGAGUGACUGAUAGCAGAUUUUCACAUCAGGCACGUACAUCCUGGCACGCACGGAGAAGGGGAGGAGACAAGAGACUGUAGGUUAGCAGGGUUGUUUGUCAGUAUGCCGCAUAUAGUAGAUUUUUCAAGACACAGCUCCAUGAGUGAGGCUCUGUAUCUGAUCUCCAAGGGCCUCUAGUGAGAAAACAGCUUCUGCCAGUGAUUAAUUAAAUCAGCUAAUUAAAAAGCUAUCCAUGUAAUUACAGCCAGUGUGCAAUAAAAAGAUAAGGUUGUGCAGUUUGAUAUAAUAACACUGGGAACAAAGGGGGUAUGUUUAGAGAAAAAUAGUAUUUGUCUUGAUAUUAAAUGUGGGCAGAUAGGUUUUAUCAUAGUUUUUCAUAUAUGUAUAUAUCUAUAUCUAUAUCUAUAUAUAUAUAUAUAUUUCAGUCAAAUAUCAGUCAAAUAUUCAGUCUCAUUAUAAAUAAAUAAAUGAACAUAUAGAUAUGUUCAUGUUCAUUUAUUUAUUUAUUCAUAUGUUCAUUUAUUUAUUUAUAAUGAGACUGAAUAUUUGACUGAUACUAACAUAGACAUUAGGGACUUUUCCAGCAAAUUCAGCAAAUUAACCUGACUGAAAAAGGUCAAAAGGGUUAAAAUUUCCUAAACCGGAUGGUUUAUUUAUUUUUUAUUUUUUUUAAAGAACAAACCAUUUUAUCCCCUUUUUAAAGCAAACAGUCACAGAUCAUUACGACCCUAGAGUUAAGUUUACUUCUGUCCACUUUAGUCUGGCUCCGGAAGUCCAAGAAAACAGUGUUAGAGCCCAUGAUUUAUGACCAUUUUUACUGCUAAAUUCAACAAACAAUUACUUUAGUCUCAAUAUCUUGUUUCCAUAUUUUUGACAACACUUUAGGGUUAAAUCUCUUUUUAAGCAUCCGUCUGAUGUAUCAGUCAAACAUGGACAGCCCUGUUGACAGAUAUUAGCACAUCAGCAAUUCAUCUGCCAUACCCAGAAAGCUAUAACAAGCUGUAUCUGAGGAAGAUCAGUGCCAUGCAGUGUGAAGACUAUUAUUUAUUUGAAGACAUUUUAAAGGGACUUUCAAGGAAAGACUGGCAAUGAUUUAAACACACGAGCUAGGAAUGGGUGAUAUGGGCUCAAAAAAUGAUCACGAUAAGUUUUGCCUAGUGAUAACGAUAAAAGUCUCUAUAAAAAAACAUUAUCAUUGUAAUCCAUAACCGUUACCACAAGUUUGAGUAGUAGGUUAUGUAGAAAACGAGUGCCAUCUUACAAGCCUGAAAUUUAAAAAUACUUUCAACAUUUAUUCAAAACUCUCUUUGCACAGAAUGAACAGCAACAGAUCCACUGUCUGAUGUCAGGCAUACCUGAUUGCACUUGUCUAUGCCCCAGUCUUCACCAUCUUCAGCCCUGUUUGUUUGUUAUUUGGCUCUGUGUGGGCUACGGCUGUGCGCUUACGUCAUCAACUUGCGUUUAUGGCAUUUAUAGUGAGAUGGCAAAUGAUUAUCGUGGAGGAUUUUUCUGACGAUAAAUCAUAAACAAUAAUUUAUCACCCAUCCCUAACAUGAGCUCUCCUAGCUUACUUGAAAAAGAAUGCAAAAAUCAUUGGUAUCAGUAUCAGCCCUGUUCUUCACAAUAAGUGCAUUUGUAGUGAAAAUAGUAUUGUUUACAAAAGUGACACAGCUGAUUAGACUGAUAGGGGGGCACAUUGCAGCUUUCACUUCACUUCACUUCAGCUUCCUGUGUUCGAAAGUUUCUAAAGUGGUCAGAAGUUAGCUGGAGUCAGCAGUUAUACACCGUGUCCAGGCUUCACCACACUCCUCCAGGUUAUGUUAUUGAGAAGAACAGUGUAGAAGAGACAGCCUGAGAUGGAUUACAUUUUUAUUGUAACCUUCCCCACCCUGAGCCUCUUUCAUGCUCAUGCUUCUAUCACCCAGGAAUGCAUAAAAUGGUUUGCUUUCUCUCACUCAAUAUUAGAUAAGGAGAAAAUCUGAGACUUCAAAAAGCCAGUUGUCAAGUUUCCAAACUCUCUUAUGGUAAUAGUCUUAUGGUUUGUUGAGUCUGACAAAUAAAAUGUAGCUUUUAUCACAGACUGCAGUAUAUGUGUUUAUGAGGUAAGAUCUGUGUAUGCAGAGGCUAUUAUCUAAGAUGUCUGUAUAUACACUGUGGUCACUUGUUUAUGCAGUAUGUGCCUGAGGUUGAUAUGUGAGCAUCUCUGUCCUCAUACCUUGUGAAGGUAUGUAAAGGUUCAUGUUCUGUAUAUGGGAAAAGGCUCAUUUGUAUGUGCUAUGUAUGUUUUUUGUGCAUGCUAGCUUAAAGGUCAGAAAAAAAAUCAUAUUUUACUUGACUUUCAUCAAGUCAUGUUAGAGAGAAAACAACAUGAAACAAAUCUAAACAUGCCCUCUGUGUGUUUCUGUGUGUGUGUCUGUAUUUGUGUUUUUCUGUGGCUUAAUUUAGGUCCUGUUAAGUUAGACUGUGGUGGGCUUACAUAUGCUUACAUAACCUAGUAAUACAUCUCUGGGCCAGGGGGAGUUUUGUUACCGCCUGCUAGAGGGUUGGGGAGUUUCUGUGCGUGCGUUCUUUCAUAUGUGACUACAUCCAUGAGGCCCUAGCACAUACAUACUUGUGUGUACGGUCUCAUUGAUAUCAGAUCUUUUUUAGUGUUGUGUGUGUGCAUGUGUGUUAGUCACUGUGUGUCGCUCACAGAACAAGAGAAAGGAAGCUGACCCUGAUAGGAAUCUUCUGCAAGUUCUUGAGGGCAGUCAGCACAGAGACAGAGUGCAGCUGAUAGAUAUCUGAUCUCAUUCUUUCUUCAGUGUGUGUGCAAGUGUGUGUGUAUGUGUGUGUGUGUGUAGCCAGCUGGCAUGGGCCUGUGCAUAUAUCACCACUUUAGACACAGUGCGCCAUACCAGAAUUUAAAAGCAUGCCAUUAGUGCAAGUCAGACCACACACAAAACUUAGUUUCAGCUGACUGUCACUUUGCUUGGCUGUGGAGCUCAUCUUGCACGUCUUGGUCUUAACGCUGUAAAUCACAGCCUUGUUGCAAGACACUCACACACUUAAAUAUCAUCCUUUGACUUAGCACAUUAAGUCAAACUUCAUAGACAUUAUCCAAGUUUUAAGACCUAUUAGAUUUGUCAUUUUUUUUAUCAGAGAGGGUGUAUUUCUUUUACUUGAAACUCCCACAAGGACUUUGUCGCUGGUUAUGCAACUAACUAAAUUUAACAUUUAUAUCUCUGUGUGUUCCAUAAAAAUAAACAAGAUCUAAUGGAUUAUAAUUAUUAAAAAAAUUAUGUUUCUCUAAAAAGUAGGGCUGGGUGAUAAACUGAAAAUUUACUGAUACCGAAAUUUACAACAAUAACCAAAGUCAUUUUGCCCAGAUCAGUAUAUUUGGUGUCAAAUAAAUAAAUAAAUUAAUAAAUAAAAGGUGGUUUUGGUUGUGUAGGUAGGCUAUGGUCUCAUGUCCUUUUAAGAUGCUGUCCUACGUCAGAGAUGUUACUCCACCACAUCCAGUCCAUAACAAAGAGAGAAAGACAGGUGAAGAGAUGGAGGACGGUUCAAAAGUUGUAGCGGCUGGAGCAGCGGCUGAAGUAGACAAAGUUAAUGUGGGAGGGUCAAGCUGCUUGUGGAGUAGUUAUCGCCCAUUUAUCGUUAUCGAGGUGAACUGCUCAAUAUAUCUUGAUAUUGAUUUGAGGCCAUAUCGCCCAGCCCUACUGAAAAGUCUAUGUUGUCCUGCUCGUCUGUGUUUUAUGAAGAGUUGUGCCAAGGCCAUGAUUCUUUUUGACUGUGUUGGUGUCUCUCUGUUUCUUAAGGUGAGUUCAUGGGUGACCUGGCUGAUCCUGACUGCAGGGUCCAUGGAGGAGAAGAGGGAAGUUUUCUCCUACCUGGUGCAUGUUGCCAAAUGCUGUUGGAACAUGGGGAACUACAACAGUGUCAUGGAGUUCCUGGCUGGACUCAGGUUUUGAAACUUAGACUCACAUACUCUAGUCAGAGAUGAUUAAAAGUUCUUUCCAGUAGUUACUGAUAUUUAAGGUACUGUUUGCUUUUCAGGUCCCGCAAAGUGCUAAAGAUGUGGCAGUUUAUGGACCAGUCUGACAUUGAGACCAUGAGGAGUCUGAAGGACGCCAUGGCACAGCACGAGUCUUCUGCAGAGUAUAAGAAGGUGGUGACAAGAGCCCUCAAUAUCCCAGGAUGCAAGGUAGUAUUCUGUUUAUUCAUGUGAUACGGAAAAUAUAUAACUGUAAAGGCCACAAUAAGAUGUCUUUUCAUUGUCUUUCAGGUGGUACCAUUCUGUGGGGUUUUCCUGAAGGAGCUCAGUGAUGCACUUGAUGGGACAGCAAGCAUCAUCAGCCUCAAACCUCCUCCUGAUAACACUGAGGACUCAAUCGAGGUAUAGUAACAAUGAAAUAAAACAUCUGACCAAGAUUAUGAGAAUUAUGAGACCUCAUCCUGCUGUGUGUUUUCUGUUCCUUUCUCUCUAGUUUGUGUCUGACUACAGCGGCCAACACAACUUUCUGUCACGCUCUGGUUCAGAUGGUCUUCAUGUCCCAGAGAAGGAAGCCACUGUCAGCAACAUCCUUCAGAUUAUCAGGUAAAUUAAGGAGAAGUUAUUGUACCUGCUCGACCUGCCACUACUCUUCUUUGAUCUCAGAUUUUUUUUCACUGUUGGACUUUUUAGAUCUUGUAACAGAAGUUUGGAAGCAGAGGAUCCUGAUGACGCAUCCACCAGCCCCUCCUCUACCGGCCCUUCUCUUUCACCCCGAAACAAUUCCUUCAGAGACCGCUGUCGCAAUCAGUCAGUACCAUUUUUCCACUCUUCUUUUAUGACACAUAGACUCUUAGAUCUUGAAGCACAAAGACCUCUCAGUUUGCAGCACAGGUACCAAACAGAAGCUGUUGAUCUCUCUAAAAUUAGUGUCUGGUUUGAGGAUUUGGUGAAAAGGAAAGUGCUUUCUGUCCUGGUGUCAUGAACUUAGUCAACUAAAGAAUGAGUGGGGGUUGUUUUGCUCGUUAUGAACAAGCUAAUGAGACAGUAUCAAAUGGCACACAGCAUGUGAGAAAGCCAUAUAGAUCCUGGUGCAUCAUCAAAUGUCGGUGUGAAUACCUCAGAUUUUAUUUUUUAUUUUAUUUUUUUUUGAUGUUUUACAGUUCUUCAAUUUAGGCUGUGAAUUAUGUGAAUCUACAGUUUUCAUGACAGAUUUUAUAUUGUUUAUAUCUAUAAUCAAAUCAAAGUUUAAAAAUCAGAGCUGUAUAAUAAUUGAUACCUUUAUUUUUCAUUACACACAUAACACCCAUCUUCUCGGUAGUUUUACUCAGUUUGACUCCUGUGUUAUUUUCCGUCAUGGCGGCUGAAGGAAGUAAGGAGACACUGUGGCAGCUUGACUACAGUGUGCCAAAAAGAACAGAAAACAACAGGUGGUUAACAGAAAAUGAAACAUCAAUUUAGGACCUAAACAGCAAACACAAUAAAUGCAUCAAAAUUGACAGCCCUACUGUAAAAACAGCUCACCUCUUUGUAUUUUUUUUGUACACUUCUCAUAUUCAGUAGAUAAUAUUAUUGAGCCUGCAUUCCUUUUCAGCAAAAAGGUCAGUUUGCAAAAUUGGUAUUUCAUUUUGUGUCUGUUUUCACAGACAGUGACCACUAAACAGAGUUAAGUUGCCUUUUUCUAACAGAUUUUACAGUAAAUAUUGAAACUUUCAUCCUCCCACAUUAAAAAAAUAUAUAUGUGUCUAUGCUUCAUUGCUAGUUUUUGGACACAAAAUAAAGAGUCUCUUAGAAUAGAUUUUUGAAAAUGCAACCGCUCCUUUCAUUUAUUUAUUUACUAUUUUUUUUAUAACUUUUGUUUAUUUAUCUAUUUAUCUAACAUGUGUGCAACACAAGACCGUAAACUGAAAACAAACAAUCAAACCAAUAAGAAUAUUCAAAAAAACAACAACAAUAAUCAAAGCAAAAAAAUGAUGAAGCAUUAUGCUCACGGAAACCUACCCCUUCUCUGCUACUCAAUUAACAGUCAGUCUCUCCAACUUUUUUUAUGAACAUUAUAUUUACAAAAAUUAGAAAAUAAAUAGAGUAAAUAAACAAGAGCAUAAAUCAUUUAUGAAAAUAUGAAUAAAACAAAAGUAAUCUCAAUGCCUUUCAUUCAGCAGUACAAACCAUUGCGUUUGUUGUCACAGAUAGAAAUAUGUAGUCUGUAAAGUUCAGUUAAUAAAGGGCGUAGACUUGCUGCAGAGAAAAUCUUCACACCGUCCUCAGACUCUGCAGAUAUUGUUCCGUGUCAGCUCAGUGGUCUAUCACAGCACAGGUUGUCUUUCAUAAACACCGGCACCAGAUAAUGGCUUUGUGCAGGAACACAUUUGCAGAUUGUUAUUGUGAUGAGGUGCUGUUAACAUAAACGCCAGUGUCACAGAGAAAAAAGAUAACAGGUCAGCUUCCUGUCAGGGCAGGAAGGAACAGAGCUCUGGUACUUUUCAGCACAUUGCUGGCAGGUAACUCGGACACAGAAAACUCAAUUUAUUUCAAGCACAGCCUGUGGUGUUUGUAUUAAAGAACUUGGAUGAUCUUUUCUGUGUUUCUAAACAAUUUUCUCUGACUCUGAGGUGAUUUUCAUGAGAAACCCCAGGGUGAAAACUCUGUUUUGCUUUGACAAGCAGGUGGUGUUCAUCUAUCUGCACUGGAAUGCAGAUAAAUAUUAUUUUUUCUUAAUCAAAAAGGUUUAGAGAUUCUUCCUUGGUUCAAAUCUUUCCCAUGGCAUUAUCUUUUUAUUAUUUAUCUCAUCUUUCUGUGCAGAAACCUCUCUGUCUUGUCUUUUUCUUCACCUCAGGCUUCAUCUUCCCUUUCUCUCCCUUUCUAGUUCACAUUCAUUCAGGACAGCGCCAGACUCAAACCACGUCCUGUAAGUGGUUAGAAGAGUUUAAGGAGUUUGAACAUCGAUGACUAAUGCCAUCAUGUUUGUUGUUUACAGUUUCUGUUCCUGUAAAAGCUUGUUGAUUAGUAAGGAAUGUGCAAGGUCAAAUGCAUGGUGCAGUUUUGCAUGUCCAUCCAAUAAAACAGAGUACAGUGAGUUCAAAAUAACUGCUUUACAGCUGCUGCUAAAUUUAACUCAGCAAUGGAUGCAAUUGCAGAUUCCAGCAGUCCAGCCACCAUAAAAUUUGAUAUGUAGACACUUUGUCUCUAAACAUUUUUCUUUAAAUUUUUUUCCAUAUCCAGAUUCAUGGUAGGGGAUUUGUCGGAUUCAGAGGGCGACUUGUCGUCUGAGUCAUUGGUGAAAGAAGAAGAGUUUCAGGGGACUGAGGAGACGCACAAAGCUUUCAGCCAUGGAACUGAGCUCAUUCCCUGGUAAGAAACAUACUCACAGACAUACUGACAACCCUAUAGCUCAACAGAGAGUCAACACUUGACUGUAUUUUCUUUUAUAAGGUACGUGUUAUCACUACAGCCAGAUGUCCACCAGUUUCUGCUGCAGGGAGCCACAGUGAUUCACUAUGACCAGGAUAGCCACCUUUCAGCUCGCUGUCUGCUGCGGCUGCAACCUGACAACACAACACUCACUUGGGGUAAACUACCACAGAGAGGGUUCAUGUCGCUUUUACUGGGAAUAGAAACCAAAAAAAAACUCCACUAAAAAUUUUUGUUUCACUUAACAGCAACUAGGAAUUGCUUGAUAACUAGUUCAUUCUAAAAUGUUCAUUAUUCUCAUAGACAGGGAGCUUUUUCUCUCAGUUGUUAUUCUUUAACCAAAGGCAAGGCAAGGCAAGUUUAUUUGUAUAGCACCAUUUAUACACAAGGCAAUUUAAAGUGCUUUACAGAUGCAAGGAAAUACAUAAAAACUGUAAAAAGGGAGAGAUAAAAACAAUUGAAAAUCAGUAAGAAAAAACAAUUUAAAUUCAAAAAGACAUAAAAUGUUAAUAAAUGUAAUGUAAAAAAAAUAUAUAUAAAAUUUAAAACCAUUAAAACAGUUAAAAUGGACGGAUCAGCAAAGUAGAAGUUUAAGGAGUUGACGCUAUAGGAAAGCUGCAGUAAACAGUAAUAUUUUCAGUCCUGAUUUAAAUGAGCUGACAGUUCAUUUUAAAGUUCUUUAAAAUGGGCAUAUAUGAUGUUAAAAAACUUUUUAACAAGUCAGCCAGUGUCUUGUGCUGCUCACUGUGUAAACUGGCUGUUAAAGUGUAACCUCCUAUGCCUUUACUGCAUUUUCCUCAUGUGUUUUCAUUGCAGGUAAACCUCAGAGUGGAGGGGCAUCUCCCUCAGAGCCACCUGUAGGAAUAGGACAGACUGUGGUGGCUGGACUGACAGAUGGCCUUCUGGACCUCGGGAUAGUAAAGGUACGUUCAAUUUAAGAGGAACAACAACUUCAUUCGACUUUAUUUCUGAUCUGAAAUCAGUACAUAAGGAUAUUUUUCUUUAGCUUGCAGGUUAAAAAAACAAUUCUGUGCUGGAGAAACAAUUAUUUUUGCAUUUAAUUUUUUUUUACUGGUGAUAUUUUUAACUUAGUGAUUACUCAAAUAUGCAGGCAGUGUUCCUGGGUCAUCCGGGAGUAGACGUUCAUACUGUAUGUUUGCAAAACAAGCUGAGCCAGAUGACAGUGGAGGAGAACGGUCUUAGCCUCCUCUACGGCCUGAGUACCACAGACAACAGGUUAGUAUCACUAGUUUACAAAAGUACUCUGCUUUGAAAUGCACUUUUACAACACAAAGAUACUCUUUCAAAUGAGCGAAUGGCACUUUUGAUUUUUCUUCCAAACUUCUGUCUUUAGACUUAUGCACUUUGUGGCCCCGAACCACACUGCUCGGAUGCUCCAUAAAGGCCUGUCAGAGUUGGUGAAUGCAACCAGGAAAUUAAAGAAGUUUCCUGACCAGAGGCUGCAGUGGCUGAGAAGGCAGUAUGUUAGUUUAUAUCAGGUAAAGUUAUUUUUUAUUUUCCCUUUUGUUAAAAGUAUACUGUCAGGUUUUUCUAUAUUGCAUUGUAAACGUGAAGAAUCCCAACUUAUACAGUUCCCUGAAUCAUUUUUAAUUACAACUUCAAACUUCAGAUUCAAAAUAGAAUUAUAGUAACUUUUCCCUGAAUGUAUGAAUGAAACAGAUAAUGAUAUCAACACUCUGUUUGUGUCUGCUUGUUUGUGUCUGAUAGGAGGACGGCAGGUACGAGGGCCCUACCCUUGCACAUGCCAUCGAGCUGUUUGGUGGGCGCCGGUGGAACAUAGGCACAGGGGGAGUCGAGAAAUCUGUGGCCCAGAAAAACAGCCCUCUGAGCAUCAAUGAUAAAGUCAAGAAGAAAAAAAAGGUCCUUGUCAGGGUGAGUGCAUCAUUUUUACACUUGUCAUCGGGCUGUUUACUGCACUACUUAACAGACUUGAUUCAAGCCAUUAUACCACUGAUUUGAGUCCAUCAGAACUUUCUGCAUAUGGUGUUUUUUCUUCAGUUUUAAAAGAUAAAACACAACAGAGUCCACUUAGGGUGUGUUCCGAGAUCAUUUUUGGGUUAGGCUUGAUCUUCCAACUGACACAGACAUGGUUCUUUCAUACUAACUAGGAUAUGUGUCUAAAACUCUUAACGCAGGGAGACAGCGGGGAUGCAACAGAUGAUGAGAUGGUUUCAAGAAAAACACGAAGCUGUAAGGAGGGACUGUACCGAAAUGGGCCAGAGUCUGACAGCAUCGACCAAGACGAUCCAGGUGAAAAAAAAAAAAAAGUCUUUGUCAAGUGAGGGUGUAACUCAAAAGACAAACAUUUACUUAAAGAUUACAGCAAUCCCAACAUGAUAUUCAUAACAAAGGAGAUAAUUACCUUGUAUUUGUUUCCUGUCCCUUGUCUUUGCAUCCAUAGACGACAGCUUUCCUGGACCCUUCACCCUCUCAUCCAGUAAAAGCUCUGGUUUAGUAGCUUCUUCCUCCUCUUCUUCCUCUUCCUCCAGCAUGGCGGGAUCAAACCAGUCCCGCCCGCAGUCCUCUCCGAUUCUCUCAGGAAAUGCCAAGUCACAGCCUGGGUAAUUUCUGCUCUAUUGACAAAGACUGGAGGUGAGACUUGUUAAGUGUUCUUGUUUUGUGAAAUUGUUGUUCCUUCUUUUCUUACAGGUCUUGGAACAGCAGGUCAUGGCACGGUCGGGGUAAAGGCUGUUUCAAAAGCUUCCAGAAUCUCAUGGUUUCAGACAGCACCAUGAGCUUUAUUGAGUUUGUCGAGCUCUUCAAGUCAUUCAGGUAUCAAAACACUCCAGCAUCAGGUUAAAAGGCUAAAAAUCGAAGUUUAAACAUUAAAUAGUCUAAAACAUGCAUCAAACACACCUUUCUUUUGAUAUCAGACUGUAAUUCAUGGUUUUGAAGCAGUGGUUUAUGUUUUUUUAGACAUUCCCUACAGCAUUGUUUGGCACAUUACUUCUUGUUACAUAAAAAUAGCGUGCUUAUCAACAGCAGUGGAGACAGUGAUGAUAAAACAAAUUCUCUUUAGGUAGCGGUGCCAAGCACAUUUUCAAAGGAUUCCCGUCUCUGGGAAAUUUAGCUGCUGUAAUAUUUUUGCUUGUCAAAUAAAAGGGAAGUAUGUUUUGUCUUGAUAAGUAAUGCAUUAUUCUCAUACCGGUCCCAUUCCUCCAACAUUUCUUAGAUUUCAGCCUAUUAUCUCAUUUGCUGCACUGCAGUUUCCUCUAAAAUCCCACUAUGCAGUGAAAAUUGAGCUUCAGAGCUUCACCUGAUCAGCUUGAUAAAUUCCCUAUUUUUGUACCUAAGAUCAACUGAUUGUUUUUAAAAUGUUGAGUCUCAUCGAAUCAAAUGAUAGCGUUUUAAAAUGUGUCUGAAUUCGGCUCUGUCUCAUCAUAUCCUUCUCAGUAUUCGAAGCAGGAAGGACCUAAAGGAGCUUUUCGACACUUUUGCUGUACCCUGCAGUCGCUCAGGUCCAGAGUCCGCUCCUCUCUACACCAACCUCAGCAUAGAUGACAAAGACACAGGGCUGCAGCCAGACCUAGGUAAAACCAGACUGAGGCAGCUAUAAUAAUGUGUAGUUAUGAGUCAGAAUCAUGUCUACAAGCAUUACAUUGUUCCUCCCUUCUGCUUGCCUAAUAUCUCCGUCAUCUCUUUAGAUUUAUUAACACGCAACGGCUCAGAUCUCGGCCUGUUCAUCCGGACGAGGCAGCAGAUGUCUGACAACCAGAAGCAGAUCUCAGACGCCAUCGCAGCAGCCAGCAUUGUCACCAAUGGGACAGGGGUGGAAAACUCAUCUCUGGGGGUGUUAGGAUUGGCUAUCCCUCAACUGAAUGACUUCCUGGUUAACUGUCAGAGAGAGCACCUCAGCUAUGAUGAGAUUCUCAGCAUUAUACAGGUAGAAAAAAUAAAGGGGAAAUGUCCUUACAUGACAUGAAAUGAAAAAAAAUUGAGGAUAUGUCUGAUGUUGAUUUGUGAUUUCUCUGGAUGAAUUGACUGAAAAAGAAAAGGAAAGAGAAAACGAAUUGUUUAUCUUCACUUUAAUGUGUUUUUUGCUCUAAUUUUUUGUCUUUAUGGUUUCGUUUUCAGAAAUUUGAGCCCUCAUCAAGUAUGAGACAAAUGGGUUGGAUGUCAUUUGAAGGUUUUGCCAGGUGAGUUAAAGAUCACGAUAUUUAAAACUAUUUCCUUUUGAAUGUGCAAUAGCAUAAUUCAUAUGUUCGCACCUCUCUCUGGACCAGGUUUUUAAUGGAUAAGGAGAACUUUGCUUCACGAAUGGAGGAGUCACAGAUGAACCUGGAGGAUCUGCAGUACCCUCUAUCCUACUACUACAUUGAGUCUUCUCAUAACACUUACCUGACGGGACAUCAGCUCAAAGGAGAGUCCUCUGUGGAGCUUUACAGUCAGGUGACACAGCUGUUAAUGCAGUGUUUUAAAGUUUUAUCAGACCUUUAACUUCUGUUUUUGUGUAUUGAUUUGUAAUAUAAUUUUUCUUUAGGUUUUGCUGCAAGGCUGCAGGAGUGUUGAGCUGGACUGUUGGGAUGGAGAUGAUGGGAUGCCAGUUAUUUAUCAUGGACACACUCUCACCACGAAAAUUCCCUUUAAGGUCAGCAGUGCAACCUCGUCUGUCAGCUGUAUAAAAAUGGUGGCUCUUCCUGUUUUAUUGCUCCAUGGAAAUGCAUUAAUGCCUAACAGUUUUGUAGCAAAGUCAGCAUCAUUUGUUUUAACAAAGAAGCUCAGGGAAAAAAAAAAAAUUGAGUAAACAAACACUCAUGAUAUUUGUGGCAAUAUGUAGGGCUGGGUGAUGAACAGAAAAUUUACUGAUACUGACAUUUAUGACAAUAACCAAUGUUAUUUUGCCCAUGUCAAUAUAUUCAGCAUCAAAAGAAUAGAUAAAUAAAAGUUGGUUUUGGAUGUGUGUAGGUAGGCUAUGGUCUCAUGUCCCUUCAAGACAGGGGUGGGCAAUCAUGUGCCAUGGAGGGCCGAGAGGCUGCAGGUUUUCUCUCCAACCCAAAACUCCACCAGGUGAUAUUUCACUGAUUACCUUACCUCCAAGCAGAGAGCAGGGACUAAUCAGUGAAAUCACCUGGUGGACUUUGUGGUUGGAGAGAAAACCUGCAGCCUCUCGGCCCUCCAUGGCACAUGAUUGCCCACCCCUGCUUUAAGACGUUGUCCUACAACCUACAAGAUAUGACUCCACCCCAUCCAGUCCGUUACAAAGAGGGAAAGACAGGUGAGGAGAUGGAGGACAGUUCAAAAGUUGUAGCGGCUGAAGUAGAUGAAGUUAAUGUAGGAGGGGGUGAGCAGCUUGUGGAGUAGUUAUCAUCCAUUUAUCAUUAUCGAGGUGAACUGCUCAAUAUAUCGUGAUAAUGAUUUAACGCCAUAUCACCCAGCCCUACAUGUGUUUCAUGCAGUCGGAUCCCUCAGAUACCAACAUCUUAUUUGAUGUGGUAUCUUUGGGAUGCUUUAGCAAAUCUCACAGGUAUGGGUUUGAACAGAGAUAAAGUGACUUGAAGGUACCAUCUUAAAGAUUUGACUCUAUCCCAUGAUUCCUCAGGAUGUGGUGGAAGCUGUUAACCGUUCUGCAUUCGUCAAUUCGGACAUGCCCGUCAUCCUGUCCAUAGAGAACCACUGCUCCUUACCACAGCAGCGCAAGAUGGCCGAAAUCUUCAAGGUACUCAGGAUUCAAGAUCCCACAGCAGGGUGAUAGAAAGGCCAAUGGAUAUAUAUGUAUAAACAUAUUUAAAUCUACUAGCCAGUAAAAUUUUACAGGUAGCAUGUCAGAACACAUUACAAGCACACUUUGAAGUACAACUAACCCCACCAUUCCUCCACCUUUGGCGGCACUUUUAAAGGGCACAACUCCUCUCCACUCAUUCAUUCUUCUUGCCCAGUUAUCCUCUACUGCUGCUGCUACUACUGGCCUCCAGCGUUCUUUCCUAAUCUUCAGGCUACAAGUUUCCCUUUCUUCUUCUUUUUUUAAGACAUACACUCCAAUGCCAGAUAUAUCUGGGCACCACAGACACAUCAUGGAAUAUCAUCUUGCUUUUAUGUAACAAAACUUCCCAGCAUCCUCUCCUCCCUGGAGACUGUCUUCUUUUGGGUAGCCUGAUAAAGAAAAGUCUUUCAUGUUCAAACAGAUCUGUGCCUCCAGCUUAUGUCACCACAGGCUUGUUUAUUUGAAAUGUUGUUCUGUGUUGAUAAAAGCGCUUUGAUUCUCUUCUCCUCCUUUCACUUGACAUUCUGCUCACAUUAUCCAACAUGAUUUAUUGAUGUCUGUAUAUCAUGUUUGAUUUUUUUUUUCUUCUCCGUUCACCAGACGGUGUUCGGGGAACGUCUGGUGACGCGCUUCCUCUUUGAAAGCGACUUCAGCGAUGACCCUCACUUGCCGUCUCCGCUGCAGCUGCGGGGGAGAAUCCUCCUCAAGAACAAGAAGCUGAAAGCCCACCAGGCGCCCGUUGACAUCCUCAAACAGAAGGUAGGGAUGAAACACGGUCACUUAUAUUCACAUAAGCGUUCCUUUAAACUGCCUUUCAGGCAGCAUUAGCACAUGCAAUAUUCAACACUUUCCUUUCACACAUAAAUAAAAGAUGCUAAUGUGCCUGGAUGUAAACACAAUUUCACAUAGUUUACAAUGCAAACAGGAAGAGCUCCUGGAUAAACACAGCACAGAUUCUUGCGGGUACGAGAUUGAAUAUUUACAGCUUCUAAUUAGGUGCGGAGAGCAUGCCAGGUAGACAAUAUUUGUUUUCCUCUUACACCCUUUUUUUUUUAAACAUGCACUUAUUUUUUAAUUUUUUAACCCUUUCCUAGGCUCAUCAGCUGGCCCACAUGCAGGCCCAGGCUAGUAAUGGGUCACCAGGGGUUACCUCACCCAGCAACCACACCAAUGAGGAAGAGGAGGAGGAAGAGGAUGAGUAUGACUAUGACUACGAGUCGCUAUCAGAUGGUGAGGACAGCUGCUACCUAACUAGUGUAUCUUUGAUUUUGGACUCAGUGUUUUUCCAAUAACAGACACUAAAAAUCAACUUUGAUGAAUUUCCAGUCAAAUCUCUAACUCUGUAACCCUCCAAUCAGUCGUUUUUUCCAGACUUUAUUCUUUCUCUUUGUUUUUUUAACACUCAAGUCUUUGUGUUUACUCCCUAUCCUCAUUCCCUUUCUUUGCUGUUUUUCCUACCUAAUUCCCACUUAGCUGAUGUCCUCACAGCCUCUACUGCCUCGUAUGGCCUUGAAGGUAAAUGCCUUUCUCUCUCUGUGCCAGAGCUUUCAUUUGGCUCUGCUUUGCAGUGGCACUUAUUUCAAAGCUGAGCUUCUCCAUGAAAUAAUGGUUUAUGUUGAGAUCUGUCUUGCUGAAGUUUUCUACCACAGUGGAUUAAAUACAGAGGAAACACUGGUGUGUAGAUUUGCCCAAGUGACCUGCAUUGUUGCUGUAGACUGACUCCUGAUUGUGCAUGCAAAUUGUCAUAGCUGCAAGCUUUCAGCUUAAAUAUCAGGUUAUGCUCUGCUGUAUUACAGCUGGAUAUCACUUACUAAAUUCAGACUUAAACCGUUUCACUUUAAACUGAAAUGCAGUCACUGAUAAUUUCUUUUAGAAGAGCUCUGUUAGGGCUGGGCGAUAUGGCCUCAUAUCAAUAUCAUGAUUGUUGAGCAGUUCACCUCGAUAACUAUAAAUGGAUGAUAACUACUCCACAACCUGCUCACCCCCUCCCACAUUAACUCUGUCUACUUCUGUAGCCGCUACAAAGGGACACGAGACCAUAGCCUACUUACACACAUCCAAAACCAAUUUUUAUUUAAUUAUUUUUUGACACUGAAUAUAUUGACAUGGAUAAAAUGAUGUUGGUUAUUGUCGUAAAUUUUGGUAUCAGUAAAAUUUUCAAUUUAUCGCCCAUCCCUAAGCUCUGUCCUGACUCUCUAGAAUAACAAAAUAAUUUCAGAGUAAACAAACAAACACAAUUGUGUACUCACAACAUACAUGAUUGUAAUUGCUCAAGUUGCUUGAUGUUAACUUGUGCCUUGGUAAUGUUUUACUGGCUUCUUUGAUACUCUCUUUGACAUCAGAUGUGUGUAUUGAAAAAGGAUAUGUCUUGUUUUGAUUCUUAGCUGUCUUCGUGAUUCCUCCUUCUCCAACAAACACAUCACCUCCCCUUCUUCCUCCCUUGUACUGUAUUUGUCUUUGACCUCGCCAGUGGCUGGGCAGGCUCAUCCGGGAAACAAAACAAAGCCAUCUGGUUUCUCAGGCCCUAUGCUGCCCCCACACCAAACAACAGACCAGGGGAAACUACCCUACCCUGGUCCCAGACCCAUAACUGUUCUUUUUGAGUCCCUCUAACGGUCCCUGUCAAAGAAGUAAACGCUUAAUGAGGUUCUACAGACGAUCAGUCUAAUCUGAAUCUCAAAGAGAUGCGCCGUUGUAACUCUAAGACAGAAAACUGUAUCUUUUCCUUUAAUUUUGACAUCUGCAUCGACAGCUCAUGUAUCCUUCGUGCUCUCACAGCCUGGUGCAGUUCAGUCCUACAAACUCAGUGUAGAAUGAGUUUCAAGGGGAGCUAUUUCAAAUGUCAGUAGUCAAACAACUUUCCUCUGAUAAAAAAAAAGCCUCUGUGUUUAUGUCUAGUUGCAUGUUUUGGCUGGGAAUGAAUGUGUGUAGGAGUAAAGGAAGACCUCAAUGCUGUCACUCCCAUUUGCAGGGAAUAGAUAUUGCUGUAAAUAUAAAAAAAGGGGGAGUGUUGUCAUGUUCUGCUUGGAAAUAUUCUCACCAGACUCGAAAGUUUCAGGGAAAAUAUAUAAAUCUGCUCUCUUCCCUCUAUAUAAGUCAUCUUAAAGGAUGUUGUAUUACAGUCAAUUGUCAUCAUACACUUAUUUUUUUUUAAUGUAGCACUGUUCUGUAAAAAAAGCAUUUCAGUGAUGUUUUAACUGAUUGUAAUUUGAUGCCCUGACUUUUUAAGCAACAAAAUCAAAAGCAGUAAGACUCUAAUCUACAUUUUAUUUUACAAGACGAUUCCCAGAUGCUAAAUUUACCGCUUUGAAUCUAUAUCACCCUGUCACACCAACUCCAGUUCAUCAUUUUUAUUUUUGCUGUCUGCUUUGCUGCUACACAAAACUGAUGGAUUGGAGGUGAUGUAAAGGCAAUCCAGUUCUAUGUCAUGUUGAGUAUUAUCUGCAGGUGAAAUUAAGCCUCAAAGACAGAUGUGUCUGAGGAGGAGGCUGCUUAAUUUGGAGUUAUUUCAAACCUAACACAGCCAAAAAAAAUCACAUUUCAACCACUUGUGCUUUGGGACUGCAGCUGUCUGCUAUACUAGCCCUCCUGUUUGCACUUCAUCCAUGUUUAACUGUGUUUAUGGCUUUAAAUGAGGCUAAAUUAAUUUUAGCACUAUAUUAAGCAUGCCUUUUUUAUUUCACCGAACAGACAACAUCCUGGAUGACAAACCAGAAGGGAAGGGCUCAGCAGACAAAGAAGAGCAACCUGUUGAUGAAAUACCAAAGAGGAUGAAGAAGUCUGAUAGCACCACGCAGAGCAAAGGAAAGGUAUGACACUACAGUGGUAAACUGAUCCAACAGCUUGAUUAUGUCAACUUAAACUUCACAUAAGUAGUGAUAAAUAAUUGAAUAAAUAGAAGUCUGUUGCGUAGCUACCAGCCAGUGAGCAUUUUAACUGUUUGAAGCUAAUCCAAGGUCAAAAGUACAUUUUUGUCCCGUCAAGUAAAACCAUUUCUUCCUGAUCUAGGUGUUUGACAUGGAGCUAGGUGAGGAGUUUUACCUUCCUCAGAACAAGAAGGAGAGUCGGCAGAUUGCCCAGGAGCUGUCUGACCUUGUCAUCUACUGUCAGGCAAUCAAAUUCCCCGGUAAGAGCUGUUGAGUUAUUUUCUCUCCUAUUUCUUCAUUCAGAUUCAUCCUCUGUAAAACCUUAUUUUUUCUCUCUCUAAUCCCCUCCUCCUCCUCCCCGGAGCGUUUAUGGGGUCAAACCUCUCCCUAUGUUUUUUUUUUUGUUUUUGUUUUUCAUUGAUGGGUAUUUAAUAUCUCACUGUUACACUCCAUUCUCUCCCACACAGGACACCCACUAAGAUGACGAUUCUGUCUGUUCCCCGUGGGAAAGACAGGACUAGUCCCCAAACUGUCCCACUUUGCUUUUUGUCCCCCCCCUUAAAAGUUCUCAUAACAUGUCUUUUUUGGGGAUUUUAUCAUUUUUCACUUAUUUGAUUUAUCUCAAUGAUUUCUUUUUACCCCCUAAGUAUCAACCCACUUAUCUCAUCCUCUUUUUUUUAGCUCUUGUAAAACCUUUCUGCAUUUCUUUCCACAGCUAUUUGUUUACUGUUUCCAGGGACAGCAGGCUGGUCAUUGCUGUUGCUGUCUGAAAUGGAUGGAGACGAACUAAACUAGAAAAUACAUUUCACAUUGUAUCAUUUCAAAUAUGUUUUGAAAAGCAGACAUUAAUCUUACAUCAGCAAAUUAAUUCUGAGAGAUGUCUGGCAGGGAAAAGGCCAGCUUCCUCAUUAAGACAGACAGCGACAGCAUUUAGAGAAAAUGACUUCUGGAUUUUCAGUAACAAAUAGAGAGAAACUGAUGUCAUGAGUGUGCUGUCUCCAGUCUGUCUGUUUCACAUUAUUGACCACUUUCCUCCUCUCUCUGUGGGAACACAGGUCUGUCCACACUGUCUCCGGCUGGCUCUAGCAGAGGGAAGGACCGCGGAAAGAGCAGGAAGUCCAUUUUUGGCACCGCUCCUGCUCGCUGCAGCACAACAGGGGAGGUCGUGACCCAGAGCCGCACCCCUGGGAAAGGUAAUUCAUGUGUUUUAGCUCAGUUUUAUUUCAGUUUUGUUUUUGUUCUGCUUUAUUUAGAAAAAUUAUGUAUGGAUGGAAAAUGUAAAAAAGAUAUUUUUAACAGCAAGAUGGAGCAAAAACACUGAAGAUCACAUCAUUCAAAAUAGAGGUGAAAAGGUGGAGAAUCUGGUUGGACCAUCAGCUGUAUUUCUCACAGUGAAAAAGCAGGCUGAACGAAACAUGCUGUAAGCGGUCAGAGUGAUUAAUAGAGAUGCAGAACACGAGAAUGAGUCACUGUAUUAGGAGUGUUUGUUAUGACUGUACUUGAACUAAAGACUGCAAACCCACAGAUGAUUUAAGAGGACUGAAAUCUUGCUGUUGGGUUUCAUAAACUGAGUAGUGGCAUUUUCAAAAGUCCAUUAUCAUUUUAGAGUGUUUACUGGACUUCCUAAAAGUAAGUUUAAGCUCAAAAGUCAAUCAGAUCAUCAUCUUUGUUAGAGUCUAACAAAUUAUCAAAUAGCGCUGUCUUUUUAACGAUCUAUAUAGAGCCCAUGACUCUCAAAGUUAAAGGCUGACAAAUUGACAGAGUCCAGCGUCUCUUAAAAUGUCUUUCUCCCUGUCUUCUUCGUCUAGGUGGCGCUGAGCGGCUGAGCUGGGAGGAGCAACAGACAUCCCCCGUCCUCAACCCCCCCACCUCUCUCAGCGCCAUCAUCCGCACACCUAAGUGCUACCACAUCUCCUCCGUGAACGAGAAUGCCGCCAAGCGCCUGUGCCGGCGAUACUCCCAGAAGCUGAUCCAGCACACGGUGUCCCAGUUGCUCAGGACUUAUCCGGCAGCCACCAGGAUCGACUCAACUAACCCGAACCCUCUGCUCUUCUGGCUGCAUGGCAUUCAGCUGGUGGCGCUCAACUACCAGACCGAUGGUGAGGACAGCGUGAAAGAUCUGUGUUCUGUCUUUGUGCACUGAAAAAAAGUCCCCUCACAUGGUCUCAGUAGUUUGCAUCACAAGGAAAGAAUUUUUUUUUCUUUUUUUCCUGAGUAAAUCUGCAAAACACUUUAAUUUACUGGAAGAUAAAACAAAACGUGAUCCAAGAAUCAAUUAUUUUAUCUUUCCUUUCCAGACCUGCCCAUGCAGUUGAACGCGGCUCUGUUUGAAGCAAAUGGCGGCUGUGGCUACGUCCUGAAGCCACCUGUGCUUUGGGACCGCAGCUGUUCGCUCUAUCAGCAGUUCUGUCCCAUGGAGAGAGACCUGGAGAAAAUGAGCCCAGCGGUCUACUCUCUUACUGUGAGUGUCGAUGACAGUAAGAAGAACGUGAACAGUUUACCUCACUUUCAUUCCAGCUUCUCUAGUUUUCCUCUUUUCUGUCUAGUCUGCAGUUAAAGCAAAUUUACAGUUACAUUAGAAGAGACUAUUUCCAUGUCUUUUUCUUUGAACUGUAUUAAGUCUGUCCUUUUCAGCAGAUCGGUAUAGUCUGCACUGACUUAUCGAAACAUAAACAAGUCCUCCUGAGUUCUCAAAUUAGCUGCAUGAGGUUUUGUUUUGACAGUUUUAUUUGCACAUGAUCUGUAUUUGCUUUCAUUAUUUGACAAUCAUGAAGGCCACCCAGUUAAAUCUUCACAGCACUGAAUGAUAGCAGAAGCUCAUAAAAACUCUGCUUUGAAAUACCUCCAUGGUUUUUAUGUUAAUUCCCCCUCUGCCUGUGCUGGCUGUCAGUAUGUGAACAUUUAGGCUCUAAUAAUUGCUGCUAUCAAAGGUUUGAAUGGAUCUGCAUCUGUAACUAUGUUUCUUUUUUGUAUUCUCACUGCAAACGGAGGCGGAAUAACUAGUGAAGAAGCAGACAUCUAUUUACAUAAGAAGUGCAACAAGCAAAAUUAAGUUAAGAUUUUUUUUUUGCUAACACUUAUUUUGACACUUAUCUCUAUAACGCAUUAUAAAAAUAUGUAUAAUGUGUUAUAAUAUAUAUAUAUAAGGCUAUAUAUAGCACUGUAUAACUAUAGAUAUAAACACUCAUAAAUGAUCAUAAUGCUUUACAGCAAUAAUCAUAACACAUUAUAAAGCAUUUUGUCAUGACUUACAAGGUCAGAUAUUAUAAUAGAUAAUGCAUUAUACAUAUAUUUAUAAUGUGUUAUAAUUUGCUUAUAAAAUUGUAUAACUAUCAUUAUAAACACUCAUCAAUUAUCAUAAGGCUUUAUAACAAUAAGCACAACACAUUAUAUUACCUGACCUUGUAAUUCAUGAUAAAAUGCUUUAUCAUUUUUUAUCAUACUGCUAUAGAGCAUUUUGACCAUUUAUGAGUGUUUAUAACUAAAGUUAUACUAUAAUGGUAUAAUGUGCUAUAAUGUGAUUAUAAUGUAUUAUACAUAUGUUUAUGAUUAUUAGAAUCAUAGAAUUAGAUGAGCUCUGCUUCCUCCAUCCCUCUUUCAAACUGUGGUUGUUAUUUUGUCGGGUUGUUUUGUUUGUUGUCGUUUUGUCAGGUUGUUGAUCAGUAUUAUUUGGUUGUUUGGCUCCCUGCAGCCAGCAUGAGUACCCAUCUAGUAAAGUCUGCAGUACAAACAGACAGAUGAUCUCACACUUAUUAAACCCGUGUGCGUGCGUGCGUGCGUGCAUGCGUGCGUGCGUGCGUGUGACUGUAUGAGAGAAAAAUCCGGGAAGAGGGUGAAAUAGAGUCCUUGUUGGCAGGUCAGAGUGACCUAACUCUCAGAUAUUUGGCUUCUCUUUUAUGUUCAAACGGAAUAAAAAUCAGAUGGGCUUUAUUUCCUGACAGAAAACCUUGUAAAAAGAACCUUAACGUUGAGUAUUUUUCCCCAGGUUGUCUCGGGUCAGAACGUUUGUCCUGGUAACAGCGCCGGCAGCCCCUGUCUGGAGGUGGACGUUCUGGGCAUGCCCAUCGACAGCUGCCACUUCCGUACGAAGCCCAUCCACCGCAACACCCUUAACCCCAUGUGGAACGAGCACUUUACGUUCAGCGUGCACUUUGAGGACAUGUGCUUCCUUCGCUUUGCUGUAGUGGAGAACAACAGUUCCCAGACUACGGCUCAGAGGACUCUGCCUCUGAAGGCUCUGAAGCAGGGUACGAGUCUGAGACACAAAAGCUGGAGAAUGAUGGGAGGGAAUGAAAAGAUAAACUGACAACAAAAGAACAAAUAUCAGUGUGAAAUUUGAUCAAAUCAUUUGAGCUUAAAUAUGUUUUCUUUCAUGUGUGUUUCAGGUUAUAGACAUGUCCAGUUGAGGACGCAACAUAAUGAACCACUGGAGGUUUCGAGCCUGUUCAUCUUCAGCCGCAGAACAGAGGAAGGUCCUACAGGGGGUCUCACUCCCUCAUCACUAGUAAGACUUGCAGUAUUACCAAAAAUCUGGAAACCCUUCUCUUCUUAUAAAACGCCAAGAACAGAUUAUUCAAAUUAAGUGAAUAAAUAUUGACCCAGCAGAUGCCAAGUAUAAGCUCAACUUUUAACAACUUCAAGGUCUAAUCAGGUGUAAUCAAAUUAAUGUCUUAAUAAUUAUCAUUACUUCUCCUGCUUAUACACAGCUGUUCAGUUCUGAGGAGAAACGUGCAUCACAGCAGCCAAAGGUGUCGGUGUACGGAGCACCUGGACCUGAGCCUUUUACUGUGUUCAGUGUGACAGACCAGACAACAGCCAAACAGCUGCUGGACACGGUCAGUGGACAUGUGGUUAUACAUGCAGCUUCUGCUCUGUCCCACUGUGUCUGUGCAGUGGUUUCCGUUCAUCCCUCUGUUUUACAUGAGUUCCCCUCUCACUCUCCCUCCACCAGGUCUUCACCGAAAACCCCUCUGAGUACUUUCUGUGCGAGGAGAGGAUUCCUUUAUUGAAAGAGCGUUGCGAGGUAAAGCGUGGCGCCCAUCAGCGUCCUCUAGCGCCUGAAGAAGAGGUGGUCAGAAUGGUCUCAAGCUGGAACACAGAGGAGGGAUAUGUGGGGAGGUUCAGCCUCAAAACCAGAGAGGAGGUACACACAAACAAAAACAUGAAAAAAUACAAAAACUACCUCCCUCUAAAUGUAUUCUUAAUGUCAAGACCAACUCAUAUUUCCACAGAGAACACUAAGGAGACACUGUUUGUGUAACUUAUUAGACAGGCUAUGGCUCCUCCUUGUGGCUGUUCAUUAUGAGUCAAAAUUUUUAUUGGAAAAAAAAAAGAAGAGCUAUCUGAAAAUCUGCAGCGUAGUUUUACUGUUUCUUUUGGUUUAGUUUCUGCAGAGCUUAAAUGAGAAGAACACAGUUCUUGAGGGAGAGGAGGAGGUCACCGUUGGAGGUAGAGAAGGAGGAGGAGGUGGAGGAGGAACAGAGGAUGAUAUGUUCUUCGUCCAAGUCCACGAAGUUUCACCGGAACAACCUCACACUGUGAUCAAAGCUCCACGCCACAGCACGGCACAAGACAUCAUACAGCAGGUGAGAGGAGUUGAGACGUGCGUCUGUAUCUUUUCCAGAUGUUCAGGCCUUAACUUGAUUCUCUGUCUUGACCAGACUUUGACAAAGGCCAAGUAUUCCUGCAGUAUCCUAUCCAAUCCCAACCCAUGUGACUACGCCCUGAUAGAGGAGGUGACCAAGGAUGCUGGCUCGAAGAAAUCCUCCACCACCAAGCCCUUACAGCGUCUGCUGCUUGAUCAUGAAUGCGUGUAUCAGGCUCAGAGCCGCUGGCGGGGAGCGGGGAAGUUCAUUCUUAAACUCAAAGAGCAGGUAGCACAAAACAUAGCGAUUGAUUUUUAUUGGUAGCGGCUUAAACGUUUUUAUAUCCUGUGUUUUAUUUUUUAUGUUAUUGAAGAGUCCCGUGCAGGGUUUUAUGUUUGUCUUUUGGAGUUUGCUGUCACUAUGAUUGUGUUAGACAUUGAUUUUAAACUGCUUUCACUAACACUUGAACUAGAAAUGCUCUUCUUUGCUUGUGCAUGCCUUGUGACUUCCUGUUUUUUGUUUGUUCAGCUCAGUGCUUUCAUGUUGUCUGCUGUUAUCUUUUGCAUGAUGGACUGUUUGUGCUUUAAACCCGGCGCUGUUAAUAUUAUUUUACUAUUUGUUUGUGUUUGUAACUGCACUCUGCUGUCCUUGGUGUAAUGUUUUAAUGUUUGAAACUUGUUAUAUAUAUUUAUUAACUGUGAUUUUACACUCAAUAUAUGUACAUAAGUUUAUAUAUUGUUUUCCUUGUUAAAUAAAGGUUAAAACUUUUCCUCCUCUUUAUUUAUCAGUCUUUAAGGAAGGUUUCAACAACACCGAAUGACAAGUAUUUCAGUGAAUUCAUUCUAUUUUCUACUUCUAGGUGGUGCGAGAAGACAAACGGAAAGUCAUGUCCUUUGCAAGCGAGCUAAAGAAGCUGACCAGCCGCAGCCGCAGCAUGAACACUGGUAGUGGCGGAGGAGUGGAUGGCCCCGCCCAGAGUAAGGAUGAUAGAGCUGCAUGCUGUGUGGCUCUGACUGAGCUCCAGGAGUGAGGCUCACACUCCGCCUGGUGUCUAUGCAUGGAAAGACAACAGAGGUACUGUAUGUUGUCUCUAACUGCUAACAUCACAAAAGCACCAGAAACAUUCAAAGGUGUCAGUUAAAACACAUUCAUUGAAGACAGCUGAAUGCGUUUGGAGUGUGAUUGUUUAAUAAUUAUGCAAACAGGUGAUGUGUUGAAGUGAGGUGGACUGCCAACUGUUUGUGAUUUAAAACUAAUGUGAGAGGAAGUGUUGAUGAAGCUGAAAAGUUAUUAUAGACUUAUGAAUGCAUGAAACUCACUCUUCACCAUUAUCUGAACACCAUUAACUCAAUUAAAAAUACCUCUCUUAACUGUAAUUCAGAAAUAUAAUGCAAGCUUUUUUCUUUGAAUGCAUUUGCACUAACUUUUAAUUGAUUUUCUAGUUGAAGUCUGACAAAGAUUAAAAGGAGGGAGGUUGAAAUAAGGGUUAAAAGUAUGAAUGGAUUUAAAAAAAACUUUUAAUGGGUCGGCAAAAACAUUUUUUUAAAGUUCAGAUGGGUCAGCAAAAAUGUUAAAAAAAGAUUCCUUAAAAGCAUGUGUAAGUUCGUACAAAUGGAUCUCCAGAAAUAUUAGCAAAUAUAUGAAAAAGGAUCUGUAAAAGAUUUUUUUAUACAGAGUUAUAAAAAAAUUCGAAAAUUGUUUCCUGGAAUUUUUUUUUGUCUUUUUUAGGAUAAAGUGGUUCUUACAGGCUGUUUCUGAAGACCUUUUUUGUUUUCUUUUCUUUUUUGUGACCCAUUUGAGAAAUAUAAAGGCAAAUUUUAAAGGACAACCUCAAAAUCCUAAAAACUAAAGCUUAAAAUAUUUUGUACCUUUAAUUUUCAUUCAAUUCAGAACUUCUAAUGAAAGAUUUUGCAACAUUUUGAAAACUUCUGUGAACUCUCAGAGAGAGUUUCUGGACUUAAUUAAAGUAAAAUUGAUUGGAAUUGAUAGAUCUUUGAGGAAUCUUGAGUAAUUCUAAAUUCAGAUCCUUAAAACUUUUUUUAAAUCGUUGAAAAUGAUCUGAGAAUACUCAGAAAUUUGCAACUUUGAAAUGAUGAAAAAAGUGUUCUGAAAAAUAUAGAAGCUUAUAGUGAGAACUUUUGGUUAAAAGAGAUUAAAACAUCACUGUAUACUUAGAGGUAUGAAUGAAGAGUUAUGCUUAAGCCCCAGAUCUUUUACAUCAUUGGAAAAUGCUACAUUACAUAUCUUUAUCCAAAAGUGUAAAAAUAACUUGCCUUGAUGCCACAAAUUGUCGAGUUUCCAAGUCCUCACAUUCUUCUGUCUGUUCAGGGUGUCUGUCUGCUGCUGUGGGUCUAAAGGCAUGGGUGGCAGAGGGCAGAGUCGGGUCAGGAAGGUUGCUACAGGCCUCCUCUUCAUUCAGGGGUCAACUCCAGCCUGUCAACCUGCCUGCCUCCUCUCUUACACCCCCAGCCUGGAAGCUCCACCUCCUCAGGAACUGGAAAAUCCACAAAUGAAACCCAGAGAAGACACUUGGUUGACUACUUCUGAAUCCUGGAGGAGAAGACCAGCAACGGUCCAUCAUAUUGUGGAACUCUGGGAUACGCUCCUGGAGGAGUGGGAUCCUGGUGACUGAGUUCAGCCCCUUUGCUCAGUUGAAAGUUGGUGGUUCAGUAGAUUUGUCUUUGAUUGUAAGUCCCACUUGACGUCACCUUAGAGUAGUGAUGAUCAAGUGGGCAGGAAGCUCUAGCUCUUAUUGGUUUAUUGGUUGUAGUCUAUAAGACCAGAGGCAGCUGCUGUGUUAUAUUCAAGUCAUCAGGUUUGUAAUCAAGGGCACAAAUAGUGGAGGACAGUAUGUAAGGAAAGAGGACGUUUUCCCCACUCAGACACAAAAAGUGAGGAGUUUUGCCUUUGGAUGUGCCAAUCUUUGUUCCUCCAACAUUUACACCUAAUCAGAAGUAACAAGGCUUCAAAAUUCAAAAAGAUAUAAAAGGAGAAAGAUGGGGGGGCUCUUUGUGAAGGGGGCUGGCAAGCUGGCUUGUUUGGUUCUGUUUUCGCUGUUUCCACUUUCGCAGUACUGUAAGUUUUGGGGCAUCGCUGAUAAAAAGAGGAAAGACUAUUCAGAUUUAUUACACUAUAAUCUCUGCCCUAAAGGUGAUGAUACACAAGGAAGUGUAAGUGCACAAUACUAAAUUGUGCAAUAUAAAUGAUUAUUUGAUUACAAUGUUUUUACACUGCCCUUAACUUCUGAUUAUACGUAGCUUAAUCUCUAAUUCGUAGAAAAAUCCAUUGCCUGUAGUCCCUUUAUUAUUGACUAGAAACAUGAAACUAUAGUAAACUUACUUUGAUAGCCACCAAAAAAAAAUCCAAGAUAAAACUGACUAUUUUGAUUUUUCUGUACCAGAUUUAAAACUUGAUUGUCCCUUUAUUGAGACAAAGAUAUCAGGAGAAAACAGAUAAGAAGAUAAUAUCCCUGAUUUUAUCCUUUAUUUGUGUACAGCAUUGAUGAUUGCAGCAUUGUUAUUCUUGGGAAAAAACAGCUGAGUCUUCUUUGAACAGCAUUUUGCACAUUUUUUCACUUUGCUGACUUCUUCAGUGUUUUUGUGUUACUGUUUAGAAAAUGACAGAUGUGGUUGUAAUGAUGGUUAAACAAUAAUCAUGUUUAUUUUAUUUAAAUUUUUUUCAGCCCAGUUGUGAAAUUAGUCAAAUAUUGCAUGUGUUUAAAUCUCUCUCCUUUUAUUCUGAAUUGGUCAUGAACUUGAAAUUCCCCAGAUAUUUUUGUUUUGUCUUCAAAAUGAUUUGCGUUGCAUUUCAUUUAAUUUUUUUUAGCCACUUUUUCUCUCCUUGACUUUUAACGCAGUAUGUCUAAAGAUAACAAGAAUUGAUUUAUUGUCAAUCAUGGUUUUGACUUGUCUUCAUUUCUAAAUGCUGCUCUUCUGAGUUAUAGUCAAAUUAGAUUAAUUUGGGGCCAUUUCUUUGUUUGUUUUGAUGUUAAACAUUUCCAUAGUUUUAAAUGUAAGACAAUGUUUAGAUUAUUUUGUCUCUCUAGAGAACAGUAAGGGCAUUUCAUUUAUUAGGACACAAAUUUUGCCCUCAAUGUACUUUUACUAGUUUUUCAAAUCCAUAGACGAUUGCUUUGUGUCAGCUGUAUAUGAAAAGAAACCUGAGAUUGUGGUCUUAAUGUACACAAAAUCAAGGCAACUACUUUAAAACACAUAGUUGCUUCACUACAUGGUGUAUAUACCUUUGUUUUUCUUCUCAAACAGUUAAUUUCUCAAUCUACACUUCAAGUACUGACACAGAGCAUAAUAAAGUGUAGUAAGAAGUUGGUUAAAUGGCAAAUGUUGCCACACUCCUCAGAGAUAAUUUGGCUUUUGUUCCCAACUUUCAUUUUUAAAUCUUUUUAUUUUAGUGCUGAGUGAUGAUUGUAAUUUAGUGCAAUAGAAAAGUUCAGUUCUUAACGGUUCUUAGUGUCUACAGAUGACUCUGAUUUCUUUACCUUGACAUGCUUUUACUGAGAGUAAUUAGGAAAGUCUACGUUGUGAUUUGAGAAACCACGACUCAGAUGUCACUUUACAGCUUUCUUUGGUUCACACAUCGAGAGGCAAACAGAUAAGAUUACAUAAAAAAAGCAUUUAAUCUCUCCAACCCUGCUGAUGGAGCUGUGUAAGGCAGAAAGGGACAUUUUCUGUUAAAUUGCGAAUCUUGAAUUCUCUUCAUUUACAUCCAUCAAUGGGAGCUGUGUUUUUGUCUCCUUUCUCUCUGACCUGUAGACCUCAUUUCUGAAUGUAACAUUUCUUAAUGUGUUAAACCUGAGACGAACAUGUGUGGAUACUAUUUAUUUAAAUGUGAAGCCCUGGUUGGCAAUUUCUGUGUUGUGUUGUUUGUAUAAUUUCCUGUAACUAGUUGAAAAUGUCCUUUUUUAUUUAUUUCAAAGUUUGAGGAUAUAAACCCUUUGCUGUCCUUCCUUUACUCAAACUUAUUUAGAUUUGUUGAUAAAUAUUUGAAUUUGUGUAAAAUAUUCAGUGUAGUAUUAAAACUUCUGGUUAUCCCUCUGUACACAGCAGCAUCUUCAAAUGUCGGUUAUUUAGUCAGUUUUUAUUUGUGUGGACAAAAUUUGGACUCUAAAAACUUCAUUGAAAAGUUUCUGUUGUAUUCACUGUGCUGUAGUUAUCUGCAGGCUGUGCUUCAUCUUUAGCACUCUGUUGUUUCCAUAAAAUGUGCAGUAUACCCUUUAACAUCCACUAUCUCUGUUAUAAUGUGGCUGUCAAGUGAACAUUGGUCUAUUUACUUGAAUUUUUAUAUGGACUAGAAUUGGUGGAUAUGUCAAAUAUCACAAUAAAACCAUAAAUAUUAAACAGAG